UGAUUUUCGAGGAAAAUUUCGACGGUUCGUGUUAUUUUAUUUUUUCGUUAGAUUCCCCAGGCCAAUCUUACAGUGUUUUCCGGUCAUGUCGUCGGGUGCUUACCGCCGGACAAGUCGAGUAUUAACAUACCGUCGGGAACCGUCGCUUGGACGUCAACAAAACGGCCAAAUGCAGUAACCGUCUACCAACUGGAAAUUCAGGCGAUCGGCGACCGGACCGUGUUCCUACCCCGUGUAGCGGCCCGAAUCUACGGAUGAAAUGUGCUUUUGACCAAGGAAGGUUCAGUCGAUAUUUGUUUGUUCGCAAUCUCUAUUUCAGGUAAGCGAUAAUAAAUAUCUAACUAUACAAUGCCCACUUGUGUUGCUGUCGUUAAACAGCACCAGGUAAAUGUCCAUUCUAUGUAAUUAACAUAGGUCAAUAUUCUUUGUAACUCGUCUGUGGGACCAUUGACUCCUAAGUGUGUAUUUUGGGGUCAUAUCUGAUUUUAGUCUCUAAUGAAACAAUCCAUCCAUUAAUUAUGGUCUGUUUUUUCUAUUCUAAUUAUCAGUCACCUUUGCUCUGAUAGCAAAACAUUUGACUUGCAGGUUUAUGUGUUGUUUUUUUAUUUAAAAUGUUAAUUUUGUUUGCUCCAUUUGUUCAUUGAUUUAAUCUGUGAAGUUUCUAUUUUUACUUGCCAUUAAUGAACUAAUAUUUAUGGGUGUCUUUGAUCUUUAUUAUGCACUAAGUCAUAUUGUAGAACUAGGUAGGUAGCACAUUUGUUGGGAUACAAGUGUCAAUAUUAUGUGACCUUUGGAAUAAUUUAUUUUAGUAAUGGAUAAUAAUAUAUUUUCAUUAUAUUGUCUUUUAAUUUAUUAUCGUCUACACUGAUAUAUUCACAUUAACAAUAUAAUUAUAAAAAUUACUAAUGUUUAAAAUUUAUUUGCAAUUGCCAAAAAUAUUUCCAUAUAAAUUAUAUAAGCAAGGAAUUGUUAUGUAUGACGUACUGACUAGGCAUUGAAAACUUAAAAUAUGUAGCUGUUGGUUAAUUAUUGACUUUUUUUUUAAUAAUAAUGUGUUUUGUGCAAUAUGAUUAGUAUUUAAAAUAAACCCUAUAAUUAGCGUAAUGUUUUGCCCAAUAAUUCAGAUUUCAAUUUUUUAAAUAACAUCCAUUGGCACCUAUAAUAAUAAUUAGAUAAAACAUUUUUAACUUGUUUCAUUUUGUAAAUUAUUACUUUUAUCAAUUUAAUAUUAAAUUAAAUUAAUCUUAUUGAAAAUAGAUUUUCUACUCAUUCAAUGUUUAACGAGUUGUUUAAUUUGUAUACUUAUUUAUAAUAGGUGUAAUGAAAAAUAAGAGUGGAAAUCUGAUGAAUACUAAUAGGUAGUUAUUACAUUUUUGAUUAAAAUUAUACUUAAAUAAAAACAAUUUAUCCUUUUUAUUUAUGUAUUAAUAGCAUCUAUAAUUUAUUAACCUAUCUAUUACUUUUUAUUAUUAUGUCAUAUAUAUCUUUGAAAAAAAAUACCAUUAUUAUUUAUAAGUAGGUUUGGUAUUAUUUUUAAGUUAUAACCAUUAACAUAUUAUCUUAUAUUAAUUAUUUAUAAGAUACAUUUAUAAAUAAUAUUUUGUAGGUAGUAUUUUACCUAUUUUUAAUACCUUGCCAACUAACCGAGAAGUUUACUAAUUCACCAGUUCUAUAAUAUGAAUAUUUUAUUUGAAUUAAAUUUAAUAUUGUGUGAAAGAUAGCUAGUCAUAAACUCUUGUGUUAUGUAUUGUAAUAAGUACCAGGUGGUCGCUUAUCUGUAAUCUAAGAGUCUAAUAGGUUUCUUAGAUGUUUCAUUUGUAAUGUACCUAUCUAUCGUUGAAAAUCUCUCACAAAUUACAACACAUCACAAUAGUUUUUAUAACUAAUUCAAUCAAUCAAUUAAAUAAUAUACAAUCCAAUUGAAAACAUAUUAUAUUUAUUAAUGUUUAGCUAUUACAUAAAAUUAAAAAGUAGGUAGCUAACAAAUAAUAUUAGUUGUUAACUAAUAUUUUUUAAACUUUUAUCAAGUGGUUUUCAUAAACAAUAUUAAUUUUUUAUUGCACAACUUGAACUGUUCAUUUAACAUUUAUUGUUGUUUUUUACAACUCACGUAGGUACUUAUUGGUUUUCACCACGGUUAUAUAUAUGUAGGUUGUUUUAUCAAGGCAAGGGUUAAACCAUUAUCAAAAAUUUCACUAAGUCGUAUGAGUUGUCUGCUCAAUUUUUGAUUUGAUGGUUGCCUGUUCUUUAUAUGUACCAAAAAUUGUAUGAUUGCCGGUUUAAACUUGUUUUUCAUUAUUGGUUACCAGUGAGAACUAGUUAAAAAAAAUAAUCAUAAUAAUGAGGUUUCCUGUUGUACUACAAAAGUUCACUGAUAAUCGUACUAUAAAAAAAAAAUUUGUUUUUAUUAUUAUACAUAUUAUUUUUUUUUAUCAUCAGCUGCUGAUGAAUUGAUAUUAUUUUAAAUGAUACUAUUUGUUUUUGUAUUGAACUAUAGUGGUAUUAAAAUAUUUGCUUAUGUUUGUUAAUAGAAUAAUUCAGUUUCCACUUAUAUAGAAAAAUAGCGUUGCGUAUCAGUUUUUAUAUCAUGUUCAAUUUAUAGAAUAAUUGUUUAUUGAGUAAUUAUUAUUUUUAUUUGUUUCAUAGAGUGGUUAAAGAUUAGUUUUACUGUGCUUACAUGAAUUACAUUUGCAUUACAUGCAUACAUUUGAACGGUCCGGAACAUAUCCAAAUACAUUCUAUCCUUUUCCCACUUCGUCUAUAAGGUUCAUUCGGUUAUAAGACCCACUUCGUACUGGUCCCAAAGCAGUGGCGUACCUAGGACUCUCUUACGGGGGGGGGGGAAUAUAUUUCCAUCCAUUCUUAAUAUAGAACAUUUCUUAAAGUCAUUUCUUCAAGUCAUAGCUAACCUAACCUAACGGGAAUUUUAUAUUUGUAAAAUAUUAAAUAAAACAUUUUAGUAGGUACAUAAAAAUAUAUUGUUGUUAAAUAUAAUGUAAUGCAUAUUAUUAAAAUAAUUUUAUAAUAAAUUGUAUUGUAACACAAAGUCUAACCUCCGGUUUUUCAUACGAGAAAAUCGUUCAAUAAAUUCAUCCACUGGUAUAAUUAUUUCUUGGUAUAUGUGCACAAAGUGCAAGUUCGCAUAAGCGAUCCUGGCCCAUUUUUGAGCGUAGCCAUGUUUUUAGUCUACAGCACAAGCACGAAUACAGGCAAAUAGUAUGUAUAAAUAAUUAAAAAGCAGUAGGUAGGUACUACGUAGAAUUAUAAGCCAAUGCCAAUUAUGUAGAUACAUAAUAAUAAUUAUAUUAGAUCAUAUAUUAUCACAUGUUUUUAUUAUCAAACAACUUUGAACCGCCAAAACAAAAUGAUAACACCAUGUAUUUUGACCCGGUUCGACUAUAGAUAACAAAAAUAUUUUUAAAUCCUGGGCUUGAUCAUGUUAUCAAAUAUCGUAUUAUUAACAACUUCGUGAUAAAAAUAAUUAUAAAAACACUAGAAAAAAAAAAAAAAAACGAUGCACACAUUUAGUCACUUAUGAUUAUACGACCCACGGGGGGAGGGGGACGGGAGAGCGAAUGCCCCACAGUUACGCCACUGCCCCAAAGUGAGUAAUUCCGAUUUUUCGAAAAUAAAAGCGGCUAUCGGUUCCCAAAUUAUCGGUAAUCACCGAGACCGGUUUUUAUAUUUAACGAAUGGUUUUAUUUAUAAUUUAUAGUUUGAAACUAUGUAUAUUUUUUUUUUCCAGAAGAACAAAUAUUAUAAUAUUGUAGAAAUAUUGCAGAUAGGUGCCUAUCAUAUAUUCGGGCCAAAUAUCAUACGGUUACCUAUUUUUGGUUUGACUACAUGCAAUAAUUCGUUUUUCAGGUAGAUUAUUGUAAUUUGUUAUAAAUACAAAUAAUAAAUACGCAUAAAAAUAAUGCGGAAAAUGUCCGAUUUUCGAAAAGCACUUAUUAAAAUGUUAUUAUAAAUCGAAUAAUAAUGUAUAGUUACCCAGGGGCGAUUUUACGGGACCAGGGGGUCUGGACACCCUCUCAGAUUGCACAGAGUUUAGAUUACGGAUAGUGGAUUUUGUGUUGUAAAUUUUAAAUUAAACUUUGUUGAUGAUUAAAUCAUUAAAUCAUAAUAUAGGUACAUUAGCAUGUAGACAGGUUAAAAUCAAAACGAAUUACUUAAUAGAUAUCGGGCGAAUGUUUUUAGUAUGUUAAAUGUAUCGCAAGUUAAUAUCAAAGGAACCGCCCUCCCUACCCCCCUCAGAAUAAAAUCAAAAAACCCGCCACGGGGUACACACCCAUUAAACAAAAUAUCAUAUAAAUAUUACAUAUAGCACGUUGUUGUUAUAUUCACCGACGGAAAGAUUCGACGCGUUGUGGACAAUAUUAUAAUCGUUACCUUGACCGUUUAAACAGUCGUCGGAAUACCGCGAACACAUUAAAACGUGAUUUAUACAACAACACGUUUAAUUUCAUCGUGUUUUUUCGAGAGAGAGAGAAAAACCGUUUCGCCGCGAUUGUUUUUCACGUAUUUUUCGUACGGAACCGUUCGGGGUAGGUACCGGGCGGGAGUCGGAACAUAUCUAAUAAUCGCACCCGAUCCGUUUACGCGAAUUUUUUUCGCUCGUCGGCGCGCGCGGAACUUUUGGACUUUUGUCGACGGAAACGCAGCGACACGAUGAUGAUAAUAAUAACGAUAACAACGACAAUAAUAAUAAUAAUAAUAAUAAUAUGCAAUACCGUUGUAUGUUUGCGAAUGUUACAAAACACGAUGACGGAUAAAAGGCGGCGGUUGUUGACCAAACAAUGCGCGGCGCGUAUUUUGAAUAUUGUUAUGUAUUUUGUCUACAGGGAGUUGUUGUUGUUUUUUUUUUUUUCAUGCCCCCGGCCGAUUUUCGUGUUUGCCGUAGGUGUUCGGUAAUUAUUUGUUGUAUUGAAUGGCGCGCGGGCUAUUCGAUAACAUGACGACGCCGCCGCCGAUGCAUUGCUGCCAGCAGGUGUACGGCCACAUACGAAAACCGACGACGGUUUUAGGUCAAGUUUCCGCGCCCGAACACACAUUACGUUCGUGUCGUAAUGGUCCUGUCGAGAAUUCCUAAUUGAAUGUGUUUGGAAAACGAAAGUGCGCCUCUGGACAGAGAGAAUCGACGGACCAUCGGCGGCGGCGGCGGCGGCGGUGGUAUAAUAGCAGUCGCGACAACAAUAACGCGGGGAAGGACCGUCAUCGAUGCGACGCGCGCGUAUGUUAUAUUAUUAUUAUUUACUGUUUGGUACCCGUAUAAUAACAAUAAUGAUAACACGCGGUACACGCAUACCUCCCGUUGUCGUCGGCACCUCUCCCGUAACCUUUUCGCGACUCGUACCGUUGCUCUGGUCGCUGUUGUUGUUGUGCGCGCAUUAUGUACGGACGGCGGGCGAUAGGGGGGUGGGGAGUACGACGAUUGUUUCCCAUAUUAUAUUUAUUAACGCACGCGGUUCCGGCGGCCACUCGCACUGUAAACCGCGACCCCGGCAGCACAGCUAGGGCGACGCCAAUCGCCGCCGGAUUACGAUUACGCGACGUUGCAUACCCACCUCGCACAUACGGUGGACGGACGUCCGACGGAUCCGGUUAUCCCGACUGUACCGCCGGUCGCUGUUACGGUGUCCCCCCCCCGGACGUCGCCGAUCCCCGGCGCGUGGUUGUUUCGCUAACGGAUCGCGCGGUUUGGGUUUCGAUCAAAAUCCGACACGAGGCCCGCACUCGGGUGCAACGAACGUUUUUGGCUGAUCGGUGAUGGCGCGCGUCCACGGUACGCUUUACGAGGGCGAGCGACAUAACACACCCGGUUCGUUUGCAAAACUGCGUCGUGUUAGGUAACUGUAGGUGACCGAAAUUGCUUCGCGUCAGCUUACGUCGGACUUUUAAUCGAAACGAAAUCCCCUUCCGACUCGGGCACUCAAUCACGUAUAGUUGAGAUAAUCGCACUGCGAUUGUCGGUAGUCGAGAUAACCGGAAAAUAAUAUUGCCAGACUUCAGCAUGUGUGCUUGCUGUUUUGCGAUUUGAGUGUUUCGGUUUGCUGCGUUUCCAGUUAUUUUUCUACUCCCGAAAUAACGUUUUUCAUACCGAACCGUUAGAAAACGUAUUUUAGGGAGGAGCAUCGUGUCAGAGAACGGACAGUAGAAAAUAGCCAUGGCUAAUAUAAUUAAUGAAAAUAGAAGAUAUAAAUGGAAAUUAUGUAAUUACUACCCGCUCGAGAUUCUCCUAGGAGAUCCGAGGAUAUAGCUGUGAUGUGUGUAUAAUAUUUUGUAUGACAUAUAGUGUAUUUGCAAGAUAUUACAAGACAUAUACAUAUUAUAUUCUCAUUUUAUUAUUAAGUUUUAUUUUUAUGUAUUUUUAUUUAUAGUAUUACAUUAAUAUGCAUAUUGAUGAAAAUACUUUUCUAUGGUUUUUUACAUUUUUUUUUUUUUUUUGAGGGGGGGAGGUUGGGGUGGAUUUUGAACCGUCAAACCCCCUUUACAACGUCCAUAUGAAUCAAGCGAAAAUGUAUUUAGUUCCCUUGAGUACGAAAUCCUAACUACAUGCCCCUAAUGUGCGGUAUAUAAAUAAUUAUUUUUUAUUUUUCGUAUUCACGGCUUUUUGACUAUCCAUCGUUUGGCUGAAAGAAACCCCGUUUUGAAUAGUAUUCCGAAUAGUUUUUUUAGUUAUAAUAAUAUAGAGUCUAUCCGUAUGUUCUGUUUAGAAUCAUGUUUUUGAUUGUAAUGAUUCACCGUUGCUUUCAGUAUCUAUUCAAACUAAAUAAAAUUACUCUGUAUCGUAUAUUAUACAUAUAUUAUCGUACAUAUACUUUUAAAAAUUGCCACCUACAACAGUGGCCCAUUAACGAUGCGAAAGACGUCGCCUUUUUUUACCAACAUUUCAUUCCAUCACACUGCAUAAUUCGGGCAAUUCGUACCCAUGGGGUAUUUCGUUAUAGUAAAAUUAUUUACUAUUGAAAUCAUAAAAAAAUUACAGGUAUCUAUAGUGCCACCGUGCAUUACUGUUAUCUAAUAUUACACGGUAUGUGUAAUUAAUAAAAUAUUUUGUCAAUAUAAUAAUUUUACAGAGAUUUGAUGAUACCGGUAAUCUUUUUUAUUGUGCUAGUUUACUAUGUUUAUAUUAUUACGAUAGCACAUUUAAAAUGAUAUAAAAAGUUUGUAUCUAGAUUAUAUAGGUACAUUUUACCCUUUAUUUUAUCUAUUACCGAUUACCGCAAUUCGUAGAAAAUUUAAAACCUUGAUACUUAUAUCACAUUAUCCAACACGUUCACAUUUCCUAUCAAAUAUACUUUUUAUUUUGAUGGAAUAUUUCGGCAAGUAGGUUAAGUAUUACAUUUUAAAUUUUGAGUAGAAUGAGGGAAUUUAUUACACAUUUACACCUACUAUUUGAAUGAUAAAUGUUUUUUUUUUUUUGGUGAGUUCUUUGGAAUAGUGAAAUGCAUCAAAAUUUAGUAUUUAUCUAUCUAUAGUACAGAUAUACCUAUUUAUCAUGAAACAGAUGGUAUUUUUAGACAAGUAUAAUUUAUCGGAUAUAUUUCCCAGUUGUUAAAAAUCGGUUCAGAAUUAUUGAAUUUAUGGAUUAAUUUUGUCAUCAGCGGUUUCCAAUUUUGUCGUUGUUCAACUAAAAUAUUUGUUAAUUUUUUGUUAUAAUAUAAUAUGUUUAUGUUGUCUCCAUAAUACACAUGUUACUUUUGUCGUGUGUGUAUUCAAGCGUUAAUAUAUUAUAAUAUAUUUAAUAUUUUAUUUUGUCCUUCGGAUAUUGUCUAAUGUAAUGGUUUUAGAAUUCCUCUAUAAUAACUCUUGUCCUUAUAAUGUACUUCGAAUGUGUAUUUCGGAUAAAACACUUCAACACCUAACUAUUGCAAUUACGUACAUUAUACUUAUUGAAGAAUUGCUCUUUUUUUUUAACAAAAAAUAUUAUUUGUUUCGGGUUGACCGCUUGGAUUCGAAUCCAGAACGCAUUAUUCGGUUUUUUGUAUUAUUUUACAAAACAUUUUAUUUUUUCUAAAUUAUAUACUAUAAUUUGAGUUUUACCAAUAAUUUAUUAAUCUGAUUUGUUCGAUUAAACCCAAAAUGGUGGUUCACACUUGAAUAUUGUAUUUUGGGGUUACUUAAAUAAAAAAACCAGUUAUUGCUUGUCAAGGGGAAGGAAUUUAGAUAAUAUACCCAAAAGCAAAGAAGUGAUAUAAAGCAUAUGAAGUAUAUAGUGUAAUUAUAUAUAUUGUAAUGUAUUGUAAUGUACAAUUUAACUUUGAUGCUAUGUAAUGAGAUUAUAAUAUGUAUUUAAACAUAAAAAAAACAUUAAAAAUCAAGGUUUGCCGCACAAAUGCCCAAAUUCGGAUAUAAACUGACACAAAUGAAUAAGAUCCUUAGUUAGAUUUAAAAAUUCCGAAGUGGGGAGUGUCGUCGUUUCAGUAGCAUCCCCACAAAAAUAAUUCAUUCAAAUUCAGGAUUUGAUGUACAAACGUUCAAACUUGUGCACAAACCAACACAAACGAAGGCACUUAGUUUGGUUCCGAAAUUCCGAGUGCCAAUGAAAUGCACCUCCUGGCUCCUACCUAUAUUUAUAAUAUUUUUUCCAUUACUAUUCCCAGGGACGGAUUGGAAUUAUAGACCAGUCCGGUAAAAUUAAUAUGUAGCGGCUCAUAUUUGGGAGGGGAGCGUGGGUGUAACCUGUAAAUGUACUUUGUUGCUCAAAUCAAUUUUUUUAGUCAAUUACAAUUUUACAUUAUUUUGCAUUACAUUUUAGAUUCUGAGCGGAGUGAGGAAUGUAUUUUUUUUACAAUUGUGUUUAAUUAUUAUUAUUUUUUUAUGUGGACACUUUUUCUAUCAGAAAGCUUACCGAGUUGUACUUUAAGGUACGGCCCAGGUAAUUUUUUGAAAUUCCCAUUAAUAUUCGAGAUAAUGUGGUAAACCUAAUUCUUUAGGUUAAAGAAGAUUAAAAGAUUAAAAAAAACAGUUAUCAUUGCAACCGUUUUUAUUUAUUUUUUGGUAUUAUUAAGUUUUUUUUUUAUUUUAAUCUUUUUUAAACAAUUACUGUCAUGGAAACGCACAUAGUUGUAAUUAUUUUAUUUUACCAUAAUAUGACAUAAAUAUUGUUAACAAAGCAACACUAUCAACUGAAUUCCAUUCAGAAUCGUUUUUUCGUUAGCAAUGGUUUAUCGUUGCUACUUGUUUAUAGGUAUACAUUAAAUUCCCGUCUGUAUUUAACCUUCCCAACUUCCCACCUACAACAGUGGCUGCAUCCACGUGCGAAGUAUAUCCGUUCUUUUUUAUUGAUAUGUAUAUUACAUUAUGGUAUAUUAAUUGAAUUAACAAUAUAUAAUAUAAAUUGUUAUACAAGGUGUCUCACGAGAAUUCGACAAUUGCAAUAACUUCUGUUCUAUUUAAUAUUUUUGAUAUAAACUUUUUUUAAAUAAUAAGUAUGCCACAGCGCUACUUUAUAUGAACAUUCUUUUUAAGGUGAUAGUGACUUAAAAUAAAAAAUUUAAAAUAGCCAUUUUGUAAUAUAAAUUUUUAGAAAAUGUUUGGUGGUUGAAACUUUUGUUAGGUUUUCUACGAUUUUUUAAAAAUUUGAAUAAUUUUUUUUUCAAUCAUAACAACAUUGUUUAUCAACAUAAAUUACCGUUACUGAUUGAUUGAAACUACCUAAUAACUAUACUAUAAUAAUAUUAUUGCAUGAUAUUAAUUUAAGGAAACGAAAUUCCUGAUAAUUGAAUAACCACAAUAGGUAAUAUUCACAUUUGCAAAAACUUCAAAAAUCGUAGAAAAUAAAAGACUACACUUUAACAAAAGUAUUAACCAUCAAAAAUUGUCUAAAAAUCUAUUUUAUAAAAUGGUUAUUUUUAAUUUUUAAUUUAAGUCCCCCUCCCCCUAAAAAAAAUGUUCAAGUUUAAACUAUAGCCUUAGGCAUACUAAUUAUUUAAAAAAAAUGUAUAUCAAAAUUAUUGAAUAGAACAAAAGUUAUUUAAUUUGUUGAAUCCUGUUAUUGAAAACUUUUUGAGCCUAGACUCACUAUGUAUAAGACCUAAAGUAGCGUAUAUUAUAUUAGUUUAUGAUAUCUUAAACAACCUCAUCGACUGUCCUGAUUUAUUAUCAGAAAUUGGUCUCCGUAUACCAUGUGAAAACAUUAGGAACUUAGAUCUAUUUGAAAUUCCCCAUUACAACACCAACUGUGGAUACAAUUUUUUUUUUUCAAGGGCUCUCGUUUUGUCCAAUAAGAUUUUCACCACAUUCGAUUGUUUUUUAUUCCCUCGAAGCACAUUCAAAUUUAGGGCUUUAGAAUUAGUAAGAUUAUUAUAUUAAUUUUAAUUAUGAUAGAAAACAUUGUAUACUGUAUAUAUAUAUUUUUUUCUUUUCUAUUUUUUCUCUUUGAUUUUAUAUAAAAUAUUUAUUAUUUAUCAAUUAGUUAUAUAAUUUUGUAAAAAGGGCAUUUGCCUGUGAACAACAAUAAAUAAAUAAGUAAAUAUUUCUUAAACGAUUGUGAUUCGAUAUAGUUUUGUUGACGCAGAUUCCAUUGCCAUUAUAUGACUAUCUGCAUCACACAUUAACGUCAUAUUAUGCAGACCUUAAGGUUUGACCUUGUUCGUGGUUUUCAACUAAGUUUUUAUCCAAUAUUCCCGCAUUAAACAAUAAUUAUAUCGUGUUGAUAUUGUUGCUUGUCGUGUGUUGGUUAAAUAAUUUAAUUGAUAACCGCCGGUCAUCGUUGUGGCCAAUUUUUUCUUUUCUUAAGGUUAUUAAGGGUAUACUAUUAUUAUUAAUUAAUGCUAUUAUUUUAGAUUUUACAACAACCAAAAAAAAUCAACACGAAAUGCGUAAUAUUUAAUAAAAAUCAGCAAAAAUUAUAAAUUUACAUAACCAAAAUUUUAUGCCAAUUCAAGAUUUACUAUUAUAAUGUGUGUGAUAAAACAAAACUGUUAAGUUUCUUUCUUUUUGACACUUCACCUAAAAUUAAACAUAUUAUAUUUUAGAAUUUAAUAAAAAUAAAAUCUGGAAGUCUUACUAGGGAAAUUAAAAAAUGAACAAUAUCAGAACAUUUAUACGAUCGAGUAACUUUUUUAGUAUCACACAAAUAGAUUUUUUUAAUUUUGAGUGCAGUUAAAAAUAUUGGUUUUACUAUAUCAUGUUUUUUUUUUUUUGUUCUUUCUGUUUGUUAACAAUUUUUCUACCAGAAAUUUUGAUUUGAUUUUCAAGUUAAAAAAAAUUUUUUUCUAGUGGGUGUACAAAUGGACAUUUUUUGAUUUUUUUUAAAUAAUUUAUUGAAAAAAAUGUAGGAAAAUCAAGAAAUCAGUAUCAUAAUAAUGGCUUCUUUAUUUUGGAUUUAGUUUUUUUUUUUGUUGUGAUUUGAUUAUAAAUGAUAGUAGAGAUCUUAAAUGUUCACAGUGUAUUUAUAUUAAUCUUUAAUUUUGGUUCAAAACUUCCUGGACAUUUUUAAACUAUUAUGCAUUUGACAUGUUCGAGUUUUUAAAUUUUUGAUUUAGUUUUAUGUGGAUCGAAUAGAAAUGCUUAACAAUAUUUAACAUGAAGUUCAUUAUACGUUUUACUCAGUAGUAAAAAAAAGUUUAAUUUAGCGUACAAUUUUUUUAUACAAGUGGUUUAUGUACAAAUUUUGAUUAAAAUUGUAAAAAUUACGACAUUUCAAAACAAUUUUAAUGGAACUUCGCUCAUAAUCGUUUUUCGUUAGUGAUGAUCUAUUGUUACGUUUUCAUACUUUCGUGCAACUUUUAACAGUGGCUCACCCGUCAGCAGUAUCAAGUUAUUUUUUAAUAAAUGUUAUAAAAGUUUUACAUCAAAUAUUUCGAUAAAAUUUGAUCAUGAAGAAAAUCAUACCAAUGUUUUUUUUACAUAUGUUAUUUUUGGUUUUAAUUUGAACUUUUAUAACAAAAUGAGUUCAACUACUCACUGACUCACUAUUUCACUAACCACCAUAAUGGAUAUAAACUUUAGAAACGAGAUAUGUAACACCGCAUAAAAUGUUAUUGUAGGACGAGUGCACUAUAAUUUGAUACAAUUUAUUUCGGGGCGUAUAAUUGGGUAUACUUUUGAAAUAUAUAGUAUGGACUUACUAUAGAUAAUUAGCGUGAUUGAAGUAUAAUGUUGCAGUAAUCCCGUUUUCAUAGCUCGUUUGGGAUUUCCUCUCCGUAUAAUAUAAUAUUAUGAUGCUUCACACGAUAUAUUUUUAAUUUUACGUAAUAGGCAAUAGAAAUUUUGCAAAACGAAACGAUUCGGCUAGUCGAAAAAAAAAAAAAAAACUUCACCAAAAUGUAUAAUAUUAAUUUUUUUUAUCGUUGAACUAAAUACUUUUCAAUUUAUAUUUAGGUAUUUUAACGUAACAAAUUAGUGUAUAGGUGUAGUUGUGUUUAUAUAGUAUAGUUAUAUAGGUAUAGUUAUAUGAAACUCAUACUAUGUGUUGUUUUGCCCAAUGAUACCUAUGCACUGCAUUCAUAUAUUACGUAGGCACAUUGUCUGACGAUUACGAAUAUCGAAAUCCCACUAUGCAUAGAUAAUAUCAAAUAGAUAUAAUUUGGUAAAAAAUCCGUCAACUCAAUUAGCGACUACAUACCGCAUAUACCGCUCACUUUCCAUAAAUAUUAUUCAUAAACGAUUAAAUGUAUAUAUUUUUAAUCUGUAUAUUAGACGUGUGUUAUAGUUUGUGCGUCAUUAUAUUUGUGUAGGUAUGGAAUAUAUGAAAAAAAAAAAAAAGAAAUUAUUUACGGCACAGUUUUUAAUUUAGUUUAAAUUGUGUUUUUUUAGAUUCUAAGUGCAGUGAAAUAAUUUUUGUUUUUAAUUUAGUACGUUUUUUAAACACAUUUUUUUUCUCUCUUUUAACCAUUACUUUUCUUCCAGAAAUAUUGUUCCAAUCAAAAACUUAAUAGACAUUUCCAUGUAGAAUUUUGGUUAACUAGAUCUGUUGCUACAUUGGGGAGUUCAUUUUUUUGAUUUCCCUUGUAUAGUCUUCUUAAUAAUUUGGGAAACAUGGGAAAUUUGUUGUUGAUUUCAUUAGUUACCUUCGUAACAGCAUAAAUAUACGACUCAUACUUGUUGUUGCGUAUAGUAUGUAAGUUAAAUUACUCUGUUUAUUCUGUUUUUUUGCGUAAUAACUAUAUAGCAAUAUUAUUUUUAAAUGAAAAAAAAAACGUACUGGAAAAUCCCAACCAAAACGUAUCCUGAACCUACUACGCAUAGUUAAAUUAAUUACGGUCUUUCUAAUCUUUUAAAUUAUUCAAGCUGUCACGACUCACGUGUCUUGAGUCUGUUAAAUUCCGUAGUUGCGCGAAAAUAAUACCUCCCUACCGAUAGUAUUUUUAAUAAUUAUCUAUGUUUCAACAGCUGGUCACGGCGGAUAGAUGAUGCGAUUAAAUUGUCGUAUACAUUAUAAAACAUGUUUUAACCAGGUCUAUAAACAUACCUAUACAUUGAUCAGUUGAAGAGGGUAUCAAAAGGAGAAGAAAAAAAGCGGUUAUUAUUAUAAUCGGCCGAUUUUGGCAAUGGAGUCGCGGAACUUGUACGUUAUUGUAAACUCGCGUGUCCAAGGGAGACCAAAACUAUUUUACUCGUAUUUCUGCGGUUUGUUCACCUCUAUUAUAAAAUAUAUUGGCGUUUUGCCAUUCGCACUUUUUUGGUAUAUUCUCGAGCAUUUUUCAGUGUACCUAUUGUUAUUGUUGUUGUAGUAGUAGCAAUAGUAAUAUAAUAUAGGUAUAGGUAACUCGUAGAAUUUACGAACGGUCGUUAGGAAGUACAUUCAACAUUGUAAUAUAUAUUUUAUGUACAUUUAUCGACAAAAACCAAGUGAAGUGCUAAGUAGGAUAGUGUAUGCUGUAUGGUAUAAUAUUUUUACACAUUUUUCACGUUUGAAUCAUUAUAGUAUUAUACUGGUUAUAGUUACGCGGCUCACAUUCUUUUACAGAAUUGAAAUUGAAAUUUUAACUUAUUACUUAAAUAUAUUGACUUUUGAAAAAUUAUUCAGCGGCAAAUUACUUUUUCGUAAUGUCUUCUCAGUGGCCUCAGUAACAACUAGAACACAAUUCACUUAAGCCUCAUGUUUUGUGCAUUGAUCAUCUUGAUCAAUUUAAAACAAACUAUAUUUUUUCUGAUAAAAUACAAAGUAAUAUAAAUAAUAAAUGUAGUAGUAAUCAAGUAAAUAAAUUUAAUUACAUACAAAUUGGGUGUAAUAAAAGUGUAAUGACAUUACAGGUAUAUUUCAGAAACGUAACGUAAAUGUAUUGUGAUUGUAAUUGUAAUUUUUUAAAGUAACUAGUCCAAGACUUUUGGCUAACUUCAGCCGUCUUAACUGUGUAAUGUAUAAAUUCCUGAAAAUAUAAUAAAUAUAUAAUACAUAUAAUCAUUUGUUAUUUAAAAAUGCCCCUAUAGAUUUUCUGGAUUGGAUGGUAUUAUAAGCGUAUCACGAGAAAAUUUGCGGUCUAGGUUUUUUCAUUCAACAAUAUAUUAUCUGUGCCAUUUAUACGUAUUUUUAUGCUAUCAUAUUAUGUUAUUCAGUUUCUUAUAUUAUUAAGAAAAAAAAAAAAUAAAAUAAUUGCGUUCAUAAUGAUAGUUCGUCAAUGGGUAUUCCCGUGCAAUUUCAUGCGGAUUUCCCCUCUAUACGUUGGGUAUCCGACCGGUUGAACGGACGUGCGGAUGUGCGCAGUUAUUUUUACACUAUACCACAAGAAUUUGUGUUCUUAUUUGUUCGUAUCCGGUUGUACAUAUUUUGUUGAUAAUUUAUUCCCGUAUUCUUAUUGUCGCGUAAAAUUAAUGCGAAUGUCUGUUUUUUUUAAAAUUGUUUAUAAUAUUUGCGCGUUUAGUCUGAAGUGUUAUAUCCCGACCUUCGUAUCGGUCUUUCGUAAUUUGUCAACGCGGCAACGGGAAUUUGAAUUUAUCGAUUUCAUCGGUUUUUCAUGAAAAUCGUAGGUACAUAGGGUAUUCGAGACUACUUAGUUUAAAUAGAUAAUUAAAAUAUCAUCACCUUGAAUUAUCUUUGUUUUUUUGUUUUAUCUGUAACUACAAUAUAAUAAUAAUAAUAACUAAUAAGUGGGAUUAUGGUAAUUUUUAAGAACUUAAUCAACUCUAAUGACAUUUUAUUGUAUUACCAUAUAUUAUUAUAAUAAUUGCUUAGUAUAGUUAUUAUUAUUGCUCGUAUCUAAUAGUAUUCGUAAUAUUAUACGUUUUUUUUUCUAAUAAAAAGUCACUGUAUGUCGUAAAAAAGUGUCGACGGAGGUUUGUGUAACUCUUGCAUUAACCUGCAGGUUUCGCCAACUAUUGUUAAAUAUACUCUCAACGCAAUUUGUUUAAAUUUUACAUCUGGUCAAAUAUAAAGUAUAAGCUACACCGUCAUACGUAUUCAUAUAUUUUAUAUUGCAGCAUUUUUAAAUUUUAUAUAAUAGUUUAUUGAGUUAAUAAAACAUUUUAGCCCAGUUAUCAAAACGACAAUUAGAUACCUAUCUUGAUUCUAAUAAUUAACUAUUGCCGGUAUCAUGAAAUAUGAUUCACUAUUUGUGAAAUUUUAGUUUUUUUAUUUCGUUAAAAAAAAAAAAAAUUAGCCGUAAUAGAAAUAGUUUAAGUAAUUUUAAUUAUAUAAUUUGUGCACAAAUAAUAACGUGCCGAUUGAAUUUUCAACAAACCCAUUUCGAAUGAACGCUUGUAACUAACAUUUUGACAUUUUUAAUAACGCGUUAAAACUGAAAUCAUGUUUCGAUAAUACCGAUUGUUUGUGUUCAACAUUUUGCAUUAGUCCCGUUUCCCGCGAUCAGUCAGUUUAGUGGCGUGUCUGAUUAGUUUCGAGGAGGCCGAUGAGUACAUACGUAGUAAUUCCUAUCCAUUAGUCGGUUUCACAUUUUAUUCAAACAUGUCGUAGUAUUGGACGACGCGUUGCACAAUGUGAUAUGGUUCCGACAGUUUAUUUUUCUAAAAAUGUCGGCGGAGUUCACAUCUUUGAAUUAUUAACAUUAAUGUCGGUGGCUAAUAGCGCAGGAUCUACGGAUAACUAGUUAUUUCUGAGCACUUUUACUCCGAGUCAACUGCCUCCCCGUAUAAUAUGUUAAUUUACACGCUACUUUGUUGGGGUAGUUGACCGUGUUUGACCGGAAAAACUUUAUUAUUGUAUAGAAUGUGUUUUUUUUUUGCUAGAUUUAUUAUCGAUCGUCUACCUAAACAACCGGUUGAGCAUUUGCUAAUAAUUUAUUCCUACAGUCUCGGAAUACGCGUGAACAGUAUUUUUUCGCUAUUUCGAUGUGCGAUAGUGCUCGGAAGAUAUGUAUGGUCAGCUGGGCGAUCCUGACCUUCGUUACAAGUCUUCUAAAACCGCGUUUGUAUUGCACGACCGUUCCUUUUUCGGAACUUAUAACAAUACCUAUCUUAAUUCUUACGUUAAAAUGUUAAUGUUAUACCAUCAUUUUGUUCUAAAAAUAUUUACUCAAAAUCAACUGGAAAUUGUAAUAUUAUAUGCUCGCAUAUUGCACAUCUUAUCUGUUUCACUUAUCGUCUUACAUAUAGAUUUGUAGGGAGGCAGGUAGGUAGGUUUGAAUUUAAUUUUAAGGACUUUCGAAAUUCGCACAUUAUAAUUAAUUUAAUUUCGACAAUUUUUACCUAUUGGCAAUCUUUUAUAAUUAUUGGUAAUAAUAUUAUAGUUUCAGAGUAAAUCCAGACAUCAGACGAAUUAAUUUUUUUCCGUAAAAUAAAAUAAAAAUACAUUUUUUAUUCCUCCUAUAAUAUUAUAUAAGAAAAGUCUAAAGUUUUCUUAGUCGAAAUAAUGUAUGAGAUACAAGAUUUUCAUUUUUGAAUUGUCCCGUUUUAUGGGACCUUUAUUACCUUUAUAAUAUUUAACGGGAUAUAAGUAUAUGAUCUGAAAUUGAUAUUUUAAAAUAUAUUUGUAUAUGGUGGAGAUUAUUUAAUCAAACUAGGUAUAUAUAUUUAUAUAUUAUAUAUUUUCAUAUUUAAUAGCCGUAUCACUCUUAUAAACAACAUUUAGCAAAUAGAUAAAAUAUAUAGCCGCUCGUAAAAGUUGACAUUUUUGUUUUAUUUUUAGUAUGUAGACAUUGCAAUUCUUAUUGUCCGAUUAACAUUACUUAUUUGUGUGACGGUAACCUAUCUGCUUUCAUUGAAAUUGCAAUAUUUUAUUUCAAAGUAGCUCAUUUUCUAUUGCAUAGUAACAAAUACAUAAUCAUUCUGUAUUCGCUUUUUAUGAUUAAAUUAUAGUUUAUCGUCGAAUUAUAAUUAUAAAUUUAUACGAUUUAUUACGUACAAUAAUUCUUGACGAAAUAUUUAAGUUUUUUUCUUCUUGUAAUAUUUCUAUAUUAAUCGCUUUUAAACUCGUGUUGAAACUUUUAAAAAAUGAAUAUAAUAUUAACAUUUUUUCUAACACGAGUUAUAAAUUAUAUUAUAUAAACAAUUUAUCUACAUUUAUUUAGGUAUGUAUCUACUCGAUUAUUGCCACAUUUGAUUAUGUUUUGAAAUACAUAGUAAUAUUAUUAUACUUAGUUCCAUCUUAAUUAAAAACAUAAAUUAUUAUAAAUUAUUAUUAGUUAAUACAUUUAUAUGUUGUAUAAUAUUACCUAAUAUUAUAAUAUUAAAGUAAUGAUUAAUAUUAAGGAUGCUUAAAACACAAUUUAUCGGUACCUAUUUUAAAAUAAGGGUAGUUUUUAAAGUUAUAAUUCCAUAGUGAUUUUUUAUUUUAAUUUAAUAGAUUUGGAGUUUUUUAAUGGUAUUGUGUAUUACAUUAACGAAUAAGUUAUUUAAUUAUUUUUAUUAAUUAUUAAUCAUUCUAAAAUCUAAUGUAAAUCAAUUGUAGCUAUACGUAGAGUAUUAAUAGAAGUUGUAUAUGCAGAAGUAGAAUAUCGCUAGUAAACAUAAUAUAUAAAACGGGCUGUUUCGUCUCGUGGAAUUUUUAAGCAUUGUGCGACGACGGUCGAACUUUUUUGUACGAUAAUUUAUUUACACACUCGAUAUUUACAAUUUUAUAUCUAUAAAACUUCGUUUUUGAUUUGUACUCCAUUUCCAUCUGAGAAAAAUAACACUAACAUAAAGGGUUCAUAGUCGAAAUUUGAAUUAAUUACUUUAUUUAGUAGUUUUAAAAUCGGUGAAACAUACCUAGUGUGAAUAGAAAAUAGAAAAAAGUGGUACUUUUAACUAUUUUGUGUUUUGUCGUUUCGUGUGUUCGAAUUUAUUUCAUUUAAUACGAGUCUAGGACCUAGGUAAUAAUGGACAUGGAAAAAUUAUCCAGGUAAAAAUAACUACAUGUGCAGGAAAAUAUGGGUAAAUAAAUAUAAAUAUGGCCAUGGAAAAAUAAAAUAAACAAUUUUUUUAUUGGCCAUAAUUUCCUCUGUUAAUUUUUGUAUUUGGCUAUAUUUCCUUUCACUAUUUUGGUGUAUGGAUAUUUUUCCCAGAUAUUUUUUCCAUGGCCAUUUUUGAUUUAUUCAUUAUUAGAGAGACAAACUAUUAUUAAAUUAUACAGAAUGAACGGUUUGAUUUACGAAUGUCCUUAUUUCAUAUUUAUUAUAAAUUCAAAUUUAAAAUGAUCACUCGCAUGUCAGACAUCUCAAAAUUCAUAAAUAAUUAAUUUAAUUGUUUCGAAAAAUAUUUUUCGGCUAUCUAUAGGUAAUACGACUAACGGAUAUAAUUUUCUUUGAAUUGCAAUUUAAUGCGAGGACCGUUCGUAUCUAACCAUAGGUUUUGACGUUUAGAAUGUAUAAUUUGUAUGUUAUUUGUAAGUUUUUCUAUAAACAUGAAUUAAGUACAUUUUUUUUUAUAUUUAUAAAAAUUAAUGUUUUUUUUUCUUCGAAAGUUUUGACAUUUUAAUAAAAUACCAAUGCUUAAUAAUAAUUGACGUAUCGAUUUUUUAAGAUUUGUUUUCCAUACCGUUGCGUGUUCUUAGCCAUAUAUAUUUCUCAUAUUUUAUUGUAACUAUACCCAUGGGUAUUUUAUAUUACAUUAAACAUAAUAACAUUCAUUAUAUGUGAUGACCGAUCGGAUCACAUCAUACAUAAAAUAUUGGGCAAUCUAUAACGUAAUUCAAUGAAUGCAUUUUGACUUUUCAAUCCCACUGUGCGGGUAGACAAUAGAGUAAUAUCAUCAAAACGAUAACAAUAUCGCUAUAGGUUAAAUCCCUACUUGAAGCCAAUUAUUAUUAUUAUUAUUAUUAUAUCUGGGAAUUGGUCAUUCACACAUGAUUGUUCUUAUUCGUCGUUAUCAAUGUAGAAUAUUGUAAUUAUUAUGGUUAUUUAAUUUUUGUGUUUGUUUUCAUCCUUGAGCAUAAAAUAUACUAGAGGCGGAAGCUCUGCAGUGUGUACGCGAUGUAGACUUCAUUGUCGCUAUUUCGAUUGUACCUAUAUAGAUGUAUAACUAUAUAGAUGUAUACCUAUUUAUAUAUAGACUUAUAUAAAAAUAUAUUGUAUUAGAAACAAUAAUAAUAAACAAUGAUCAUUUUCGACUUGCACGUCUCUGCACUAACUGCAAACGACUUUGUUGACCUUGUGCACUGGGCCAUUUUAUAUAAGUUACACGAUUUCGAUCACGUUGAAUUUGAUUCGUAUUUGGUUUUAGUAUUCUAAUCAUCGUCAGUCGCUCGAUAAUAUAAUAAUAUUGAAUUUCUACGUGUAUUAGGUAUAAUCGUAGCUACCUCUAGGUAUAGUAUCUCACAGACGACUGAAUCUUAUAGCCCGAGUGGGACUAUGUAUUUAUUAUUGCAGGAUAAAAAAAAAGAAAAGAAAAAAAAACAGUUCUCAUUUGUCAUGCUUUCGCUUGUAAUAGGCAGGUAUAUAUAUAUAUAUAUUUAACGAUUUGAAACUGUAACUAUCAAAAAUUGUUAUUUGAUAUUAGCCAACGUAAAAUCUAUUAAUUUUUUUUUAUCAACAUUAUACAAUAAUAAUAUUAUAAUUUAUUAAAACUUCUAACAUAUAUUUCAUUGUGUAUUAUGUUAUAGGUAGAUACCUAAAAAUCAAAUGUGCUUAAUGCUCGUAUAGAGUAUGAUGUAUUAUAGAUAAUAUAGAUAUCCAGAAUUUUAUUUUUUUUUUGACGAAUAGUUGGUUUAAAUUUCGACAUUCCAAUUCUUCGUUCAUUCCGGAGACUAGUGCCUGCAGUUUUAUUAUAGAAUAUCGUAUUAUACAGAAUGUGUGUAUGACAAAUCUGUCAUUUGGCCAAGUAUUUGGCAAACAAUUCUAAAUCUUCUGUACAAUAAAUAUUAUUCUUCGCACAAUUAUUAUAUUAGGAUAUAGACCUUGAAAAUGUAAUAAAUCUAUUGUACACCAGAGUCUUAAAAUAUCUGUUUCUACAGUAUUGAAUUAAAAUUAAACGGCUGUAUUUUGGUGAUACGCAGCGUAAUAUAACAACAUUUUGAUAAAAUGUGUAGGUACCUAAACGUAUAUUUUAAAAUACUUAAAUAGAUAAUAUAAGCACGGUGGAACUAGACCACUAACCUUGGGGGUACUAAAAUUAUAGACACAUCACAGACCCUCAUAGAUUCAAUACCCCUACAAUCCACUUUCCAUGAUAUUUAUAUAAUAAGCAACUACACAUUUUGUUUAUAAUUUUUUCGUAUAACUUUUUUAAUUUAAUUUUUUAUACACACAUGCAUUGUCUAUGUAGGUAAUUUGUAUUUUGCUUUGCUUAUUUAUUAUGAAAUACAUGAACAAAAUAUUUAGUCUAUACUCUAAAAAACCUUAUUGGGUAGUUUUAAAAGUGCUAAUUUUAAACUUGGGGGUGCUAAAAACCUUCUAACACCCUCCUAGUUGUGCCUAUAUUCAUAAUUAUAUAAUAUUACAAGUGAAUAUAUCACUGUUGUACUUCCAUAGUGAAAAAAAAACGUAAGAUUUUAAUCUUACUCUUGUAUAGGUAUAAAAAAAAUAAUAAUAAAAGUAGAUAAUAUAUUUUUGCGUAAAAGUAUUUUUUGUUAAAAAAAAAAAAUAAAGAAUGACAGUAAAUUUACAACGUUUACGUAUUUAUUUGUGAACAUAAUAUUAUAUUAUGUACUUUAUGGAAAAAUGCUUUUAAGUGUAAAAAAUCUACUCAGUAUCUACCUACGAGUAUAUGGAAUAAAGGAUAUCAUUUUUGCCAAUUUGUAUACUUGAAUAAUUUAUACUAAUAUAUUAUUAAUAGGUACAGUGUACAUGCCUAACAAUGAUGUAUUGUUAUGUUCCGAGUACAAAAUAUGACAUUUAUAUAUUAUAAAGUUUAUAUCCUAGGAAGAUUUACUAUUUUAAAGUAGUUAAAGUGUACAUGAGUCAUUAAUGCCAUUACUGCAAGCACUUAAACUAGUAAAUCCUCACCAGAAUAUCCUGUUUAUUGAAAAUGGAAAUCAAUAUAAUACUAUAGUAGAAUUAAUUACAAAAUAUUAAAGGACAUAUUUGUUAUACAUUAUGAAUAUAACUUUUAUAAAAUAAAAGUAUAUGUGUGCCAGGCACUACACUGUGCCUCCUAAUAGUUCAAAAGACUUUACAAAUAGGACGUGCAAUUUUUUUUUUUGAUAUAUUGAAACCAUCUAGUCAUCGUGGCUUAGAAAAAUGGUUCUGAAUAGUUAAUAAUAUUCUUAGUGAAUAGUUUUCAUAGAAAUGGAUAAUAUUAGGGCGUUCAUUAUUUUUGUUUCAAGUUCAAAUAAUUAAAACAAAUCCUUUGUAUUUUUCAGAUUUUUAUUUUGAAGCUAGAUGACUCUCCACGAGAAUUGAAUUUCCCCACGUAUUUUUACAAUGUUUAAGAUUUUAAUUUAUCUUUAAGUUCAUUAUAGCCAAAAAAAAUCCUAAACUGGUAGGAAUUAAUGGGCAACUACUACGUUUUUUUGAGGAAGAAAAAAAAACUAAUUUUGACGGAGUUGUACAUGUUUUUGUUUAUUUUUAAAUUUAUAUGUUUAUAACUCUGUCAAAAUUAGUUUUUUUCCCUUAAAAGUUGUUAGUUAAUUCCUACUAGUUUAAAAUUUUUUGAGAUAUACUGAUAAUAAGGAUACAUUUAAGUCAUAAACAUUUUAAAAAACCGUGUGUUUAAAUGUGACUGGGAAGACUUCAUUUCCGCAGGGCGUCAAAAUAAAAAUUUAAACAAAACCACAGGUUUUUUUUUUUAUUAUUUUCAACUACUUUCUUCACUUAAGAAUUUUGAACUUUAAAAAAACUCACUUAAGGAAUACCCUUAUGUGUAUACCAUACGUUUUAUAAGUUUUCGAUCAUUUUUGUGCAGACAAGACCACAUUAAUAUGGGUACGUCGUUUUCGCGUUCAAUUAAUUGGUAAUAGCUAGGUUAGGUUAUUAUUUUCGAUUUUUGGCGUGGAUGAAAGUUUAAAGAAUUUUAAGUAUUUUAAAGUGUAAUUUAAACCUAAGGAAAAUUAAUUUAUAAUAAUAUAGCUAGUAAUAUAAUAAUUUUAUACUUAAAGGGAGCCUUAACAAAUAUUCUGGAGAUUCUGCGACUAUGUCAGUUUACACUAUCGUCUUCGAUUCUGAUGGGGAAAACAAGGCUGUCGUUGGUUGUUGAUCGUGUGUGAUAUGUAAGAGUUCUAUGGAAAAUAGGAAAAAUGUUAGUUCUUUUUGUCCUGGUAAUAUUUUUUUAAUUUGAAAAUCGCAUUGGUAUAUAGGUAUUAGGCACAUUAAUUAUUAUAUUACUAUAAUUUUACAUUCGGAAAAAUUGUUCACGGCCGUCCAUUAAUUGUUUAUUUGUUAAUAAUAAUAAAUUUAUAACACGAUUAAAUACAUUUCUAGGUUAAACCAAUAAUCAGUGGGGUUUAUAUGUAAUAAUUGUUUUAGCGAAUAAACAAUAAAUUAAAUACUUUUUAAUUUUUAGCGACUAUAUAGAAAAACGUCAUAUACCCAUUUUAUUUAAUCUUUAGCGACUGGAAAAAUGUAUAGUAUGUAAUUUAAUUUUUAGCAUACGACGGUCGUCCUUAACAUGCAAUUCAGUGGUACGAUAUAGCUUUUGUUUGUUUAUAUAGUCGCAGUCGUAGAUUACAUAGAGAAGGCGAGUAUGUUGUGUAUGACAGGGAAAAUACAUGUACGAGUUUGUGUGUUUAUAUGUGUAUAUAUAUUUAAGUACGUUUGUGUGUUGAAACUGAUUUGAAGGUUGGAAUCGAAUUAUGACGACAUUACUAUAUACGUUAUUUUUUUAUUAUUAUUUUCUCUAUGCCAUAAAAAUAUAACAUAUUGAACCGCGAAGACUUAUUAUAUUUUUAUACAUAGAAAAAAAGAAAAGAAAGAAACUAAAAUCAUCUGUUGUCAAGUUUAAUGUACCUAUUGUAGAUUUUAUGUAUAUUGCAGGUAGCUAAGUAUAGUAAUUUUCAAACAUAAGUGUAUACAAUUUCUAUAGUGUAGUCGGUUUUUUUGAUGAAGGGUUAACGUGUAGACGCGUUGUUGUUGUACACGCGCUUCGAAUUUUUGAACUCUGAUAACCCUCGGUGUUACGAAAUCCAAAUCUGUAAAAAAAAAAAAAUUAUAUAUAUUCGUGCAUAUUAUGUACAUAUACUAGCAAGUAGCCUAGCAAGUAAUAUAUUGUAAGGAUAUACAAACGCAUUUAUGAUUAAUUAUAUAUAGGUAUCUGGUAUAUACGCGUAAUUGGCCCGCCAUUAUAUUGAUGCCCACGAUAAAAAUACUAAAAAAAAAAAAUAAUAAUAACAAUAAUAAUUACUUUAUAUUGAAUUCUCCUAUAUAAUUUCGUUUCACGUUUUAUAUUUUUCGUUUUUUUUUUUUUUUUUUUACGGGUUUUUAAAGCAAUACGUGUAGACACCGCGCGGAAAUGUAGUUUUACUCAUCAAUGAUCGUAUACUUACCUACGUAUAAGAGGACACCACACCCGCUUUUAAUACUGUCUCAGCCCGGGUGACGUAUAGCGAAAUAACGUUACGUAUAGAAUACAGAAUGUGUAGAGUUCAAGUUGAAAUCGGCGUUUAAACGCCAAUAACCGAAUUUAAAUAGGAAAAUAUUUUUUGUGUACGUUGCUGGUUUUCUAAAAUACUGCCGGGGGAAAAAAAAAAAACAUAUAAUUUUUAAAAUAUUUGGUCCAUUUUCGAGUUAUUUAUAGACAUUUAAAUUUUGCGAUUCUUUUACGUAAUAUUUAUUCGGUAGGUACUCUGUUAAUAAAAUUGUUAGACCAAUCAGAUAUGCUUGGCAAUUCAACUGGAAGUUUAUUAUAAGUUGUACUUAGUGGUCAACAAAAAAAGUUUAGUUUAAUGUAGUAUUUUUUUUUUUUUUAUAAGAAUUUGAUUAUCAAAUUUCGACCUUUCAAAACAUAUAAAACCGAACACCGCUCAGAAUCGUUUUUCUUUGGAAAUUAUUAUUCAUCGCGUACAAAAAUAAAUUAAAUUCCCUAUACAUCCUACGUUCCCAACUUCUCGCCCACAACAGUGGCCCACUUAUAGUGCGAGGUAUAUCCGUUUAUUUUCUACAAAAUAUAUAAAACUGUUGAUUUACCUAUAUUUCAUAAUUUCUUAUAUAUUUUAUAAACAUAACCAAAUAAGUGUUUACAUUUAUCACAUAUAUUUUAAUAUCUAGUUUAUAGGUAUAGUAGGUAUAAUGCAAUUUAUCUGUAUAAAACUUGUGAUUCAAUACUAUUUUUACGAGAUAUUUGUAUAACAUCAAUUAUAUUGUUUUUGAAAUCGAAAAGAGACUUUAUUAUUUCUAUUACAUCACAACAUUUGUCUAUAAUUGUUUGCGUUUCCCUGAACAUAAUAUGUAUUUGUGUGCGUGCGUGUCUGAGUUGUUGUAUAGGUCUCGAACAAAUUUCAAACGCACGACAGUAAACAUUGAGACCAUACUCAUCUCUCUCUUUUUCUGUGCAUAAUAUUAUGUACAAGAUAAAUACGGAAAAUGAUGCAUUUCGUAUUUUAAUUUAUGCGUCGUCGUAACUAUACUGCAUCAACGUCGGUUUUCGAAGUGUACGGAUUUUGUUCUUAUAUUGACAUUUCUAUUUCAAGGCGAUUUAUUGACACACUAUAAUAUGUACGUAUGUAAUAUUAAUAAUAUUGUUGUCUUACAAACAGACGGGGUCACGAUUACAGACAGUGUUCGAAGGCUUUCUGAAGUACCUAUAUUUUUUUUUCGAAAUAACCUGGGUAUCUAAUACGUUCGCAUUUAUAGUAUUUCCCCUCUGGGGACCAAUUUUCGAAUCAAUCGGGAUUGUCGAACGAAAACAACCGAAAACGCGUCGACUUUCGAUUGAUUUGUUAUUAUUUUGUGCGUCGAAAACUUCUUUUUCGCUCGAUGUGUGAGAGAAUAUUUUAUUAGGCUUUUUGCAGAUUAUUGUCGGUGUUCGACAAACGGUAUAACUAAUUUUUUUGUAUGUUUCGAAUCGAGCAAUCAAAUGGAAAAUAAUAGGUUUGGACACAAACGGAAUAAUUGUUUUUGCCUAUAUUAUAUUUUAUCGUUUUUGACACAGAAUCAUAUUUUAUGAAACACUCGCAUCUCGUAUAACAUGUUUUAGCUUUAUUCUAGUCGUUUAUACGUCUCUAAUGUACCCGCUCGAGGAUUUAUACCUAUAUAAAUUAAACGUUAAAAAAAAAUGUAUAUAUAUAUAUAUAAAUGCGUAGGUACCCGUUAAUUAUGUAGUAGGCAGAGUUAAAAUUGAUUUGUGCACAUUAUAAUAAUACGAUUACCGCAUUCGUGAGCUCUCCGGCGCGGUCCAUCGCGCGUAUAAUACGAUGAUAUAACUCUAACAUUCCUAUAUAUAAAUAUUAUAUUCUUGGGUUCAACACUCUUCGACCUUGAUUCGGGUAUUAAUAUACGAGUAUUAUUAUCUACACGGCUAAAACUAGAAUUUUAGAGAUUUAGAAGUUUUUCACUUUUGUUUUUUUUCUUUCUUUCAAAUCCGGUUGUGAUUAUAUAAUAUCAAACAUAUUGUUUUAUAAAAACAGCUUUGCUUAAAACUCGCGUUUUUUAAUAAGGGGCCUCGUCAUCUGUUUUAUCUGUCUGUCUCGCAUGUAUAUAAUUUAAUAACAAAGGCAUUCCGCAUUUCCGCGAUACACGUGUUUUAAUUUUUUUUUUUUUAAAUUCUAACCAUUAAUGAGAUAAUAUUAAGAAUUGCAAAUAGAAAAAUCAUUCGUAGAAUCUAUAGUAAAUCAGCGCAGCACGUUUGGCCACUCAAAUAUCCCUUAAGACAUAUCACGUUUGGGCAUUAAAAUGAAAAAAAGUAUUCGCUUUUGUUUAAGAAGUAUAUAAAAUAUAUAAAUACGCUAUACACGACGUAUAUUAUACAAAUAUAAACAUAUAAAUAAAAUAACUCGUGUUAAAUUAAAUAAAUAGUAUAUAUAAUUAUAUUGUAUUUCCUUGAUUUCGAAUUCCCGUAAUUUUUAAAUAUUAAAUUAAUGUUAUAUCUCAUUUUUCGUAAGCGUUCUAGUUAUCAGUUAUAUAGUUAGUUUUAAGUACAGACUCGUUUCGAAUGUAAUUGAAUUAAUUUUUGUUUACACUAUUUAUGUUUAAUGCAGUUUCUGCCUGAAUGUUAAUGAUUACAACAUGAUGUAUGUUCGGGUGUGGAUAGUAAAAUUGUGCAUUAAAAAAUGUUUAUAAAAACCUAUACAUAUAUUUACUAACUAUACGGUAAAUAGUGUACCUAUAAACUAUAGUGCUCAUACGUGUUGUAAUAUCAGAAUAAAAUAGUGUCCAAACGUGUAGUGAUUUUGUGUUUAAACGUGUCGCAAUUUGGGUUAAAAUGUCCAAACGUGUUGUAACCAUAGUAAAUACUUCUCUCCUCUUCCUAUAAUAGGUCUCUUUGUCCUAAACCCAACCAGACAGUCACGAUCUUAGAAAUGCGUGGAAUGCCUUCGUUGCUAUAUUACGCGCAAGAUAGACUGAGAAAACAAAUGUUACUGACGACAUCCCUUAAUUUUAAAAAUUGUUUCGCUCAAUUAGAUUAAUAAUCGUGUAUAUUUACUUUAGAUAAGACGUUUUAGGUACCGCGUUGGGAAAGAUAAAUAAUAUUUUCAUCUAGAUAAAAGAUAAUUUUCAGUUAUCUAAAUAAUGUUAACAGAUAAUAAAGAUUAAAAUAUGUUUGUAAAAAUAUUUUAAGAAGGUAAUUCAUAUUUUCAUCUCAAAAUAAUUUGUACGUUUAGGUAUUAGAGACCUGCAAUUCUUGGUCUGGCCCCGAUUUUUUGAUGGCGUAUUUACGCUCUGCCAGGUUAAUCCUAAUUAUGGAUUACCUAAAGAAUAUAUGAAUUAAAAUCAUAGAGCUAUAAUAAAUCACUAGUCACUUUCCAAGACUAGACCAUAAUAUAAUAUAAUAUAAUAAAAUAGAUUCCAUUAUAAGAUUAACCUUGGAAAUAAUAAAUUAAUCAAAUAAUUUAAUCUAUACAUAAUUCAUGACGUCAUUAUACCUAUUAUUUGUAUCUGUGGUAUUGGCCCGGUCCAAGUGUUCUCGUGUAAAACAAGUACGGCCUAGCCCGUUUUAAAUUGAAAAUUUAAAUGCUUGACCCGGUCCGCAUGUUUUUGUAAAUUAAGUCCGGUGCGGUCUGCUCCGGAUUUAAAUUUAACGAGCCCGGCCCUUGAAGGUCUUUAUUAAGUCUGUCGAUAAUUUUUUUGUUUAAUAUGAAAAAUCAAUUUUUUAGUACCUAUGUGUAAUAAAUAAUAGGAUGAUAUAUUUGUGAAUUACCAAAGUGAUAAAAAAACUGAAACUGCUGAAACUGCCGAUGGGUGUGCCACAGUUGUAUAUGGGAAGUUGGACAGGUAUAGGACUCAUCAAGUUAUUUAAUUUAUAUCUGUACGAAACGGUAAAUCAUUGCUGAAGAAAUACGAUUCUGAGCGAAGGUUGGUUAAACAUGUUUAGAAAGACCGUGUAAUAUUUACGAUUUUCGUGGAAAAUUUAAUUUAAAACGUUAAAAAAUACUACUACAUUAAGCACAAUAUUGUUAAAAUGCUAAAUUCAACUUAUAAUGAAUGUUAAAUUUUUAAGCAUUUUUAUUUGGUCAAACAACUUAAUUCAUAUAAAAUCUAAAAACCUAGAAAAUGUCAAAUGUUUGUAAGCAGCUCAAAAAUUUCUAGAAUGUUUUGAAAAUUAUAUUAUGUCUAGAAAAGGUUAGUUGGCCUUCUUUAUUAGGAUAAUUAGUUAACCUUAUAAAAUUACUAUGCACAUAGAAAUAAAAGUACAGGAAGGAAACUCCUUAUCAACAGCAGCCCAAGUAAAUAUAGAAUUAAGGCAAGGGAUACAUUGUCGUUAUUUUAUUUAAUAUAGUAUUAGAAAAAGUGAUCUGAAGCAGUAGCUUUGGAUAAAAAAAGUACAAUUGGGCGAGACUCAGUUUGAACUUUUUAGCGGAGAAUAAAAAAAACAUUCAUUGAAAAACCUCAAUAAUUAUUUGGGGCAGUGAAAAGAGUUAGAUUGGAAUAGGAUGGUUUUACCAGAAAAUAUUUUAGAGAGUAUAUAUACAUAAUCAUUUGGAAGUGGGAGCAUACAAAUUUAAUAGAACAAAGCUGAGUUAAAGUACCUAAAUACACUUAUAACUCAGAAUAAUAAAAUACAAAAGGAAAUGAAAGCAAGAAUGUAGGCAGGCAAUAGAUGCUAGUUUGGAUCGAGCAAGUUGUUUAAUCAAAAUUGCUGUCUUAUUGAAUGUUUUUAUUCGGCCUGUGGUAAUGACGUAUAGUUGUGAAACUUGGAUGCUUCAUAAGGUAAAACAGAAUACCUUUUUAGCAUUUGAAAGUAAAAACGAAAAGAAAAGAAGGCUAAUAUAAAUUUUAACUGAAUUAUAACUAAAAGUCCAUAAUGAAAUCGUUAGUUGCGUACGUUUGUUAAUUUUUCCAGAUUUUCUCAAUUAUUAUGAAAAUUUCUUGGAAAAUCAAAAUGUGAUUUCCAGAAUGCUACCAAAAAGCUAUCUUGUCAUGUUUUGAUUGGGGCAAGAUUUUUGGUAGAUAAGUGGUUUUCAGACCAUCAGAUCUAGAUUAUUGUUUAGACGCUUUUAUCUGUAUAUUAUCUUAACAUUGUGGUUAGAUAGAAAAAAAAAUUGGUUUGACAUCGUUUAUCCUGGGGUAACCUCGAAAAUUUAUCGCUUCGUGAUAUUUGGCCCUCUCAUGGUAAAAUUCAUACUAGAGACGCAUUUAACAGGUAAACAUUCUCUUGUGAAAUUUGUCCAGGAGAGGGGGUUGUAAAAUUUCACGGGGGUCAAUAAUCACUAGGCACACCGGCGCUAAAGCACAUUAUAUUCUGUAUUCAAAAUAUAGGUAGGUCGAAUUGUAACCAUUUCUUAUUUGAUAGUCAAAUUAUAUCCGUCAGUUUUUAACGGGACUCUGGUAUUGUGUUGUCUUUUUUUCCAUGAAAAUUAUAGGUAUAUACUUACUAUAAUAUAGAGGUCACUUUUCUAUAGCAUAUUAUAUUAUACUUUCGUAAUAUUAUUUUUGUUCGGUUGUUAGGUAAUCAAAUACAUACAUUGCAUAUACAAUAAGAAAAAAAAAACCUUUAGGAAAUUAUAAUUUGUAUGAAUAUUAGUUGACAAAGAAACGCAAAUAACAUUGAACAUUAAACAAGUAUUUGUUGAACUAAAAUCCGUAAUAUUAUCACAUGUCCCGUCACUAUAAUAUUGUAUGUAUUUUUAUAAGCCGUUUGUACGAUUUAAUUGUCGAUAUUUUAAAUUUCGUGUUUUAAGAUUAUGAUUAAUUGUAUACUUAUUUUUUUUAAACAGUUGGCAAAUGACCAAAAAAAAAAAAAAAAAAAAAAAAAAAAAAACAUAAAAAAAGUCCCCGAUUAUUGUAUUUUAGGACGUGUAUAAUAAUAAUAACAAUACUCGGUUGUCUAAUGCAGUUUCGACAAUUGCGCCGAUCGAAAAGCGGUAAACCAUUAAUAAUUUACGAAAUUGUUUAAUUCCACGAUAACCCAUUACCGUAAUAACGUGGAUUAAUAAUUCAGUAAAAAAAAAAAAAAAAAUCUAAUAGUAAUAAUUGUAAGUAUAACAAUAAUUUCUCGCUUACGAAAUAAAUUAUAAGUACUAGGGGUUUUUUAUUUGCAUGCUUAUUAUGCCUAAUAUUUUUACGUAUAAAUGAGUAUUUUUUUUUGCCCAUUUUGUGAAUUAGACUUUAAAAAUGGUGAUCAUUUUAUGAAUUGGCAGCUGGUGUUCUUAAAAUAUGAUUGAAUAUUAAACACACAGACCGAAUAUAAUGAAAGUGAUAUUUUGGUGGGUUAAUGAAUUUUCAAAUGUAUUAUUCACUAUUCUACUACUAAUAUUUCGUAUAAAAUACAGUGUUUUAAUUAUUAAAUCUGUUUUUUUUAUAUAUAUGUAUAAUAAAUUCACUUUAAAAAAUAUAUUAACAAUUAAUAAUAAUAAAUUUAUAAUAAUUUAUUAAAAAUGUCUUAUUAACUUGUCCGUUCUAUUAAUUGGGCAAUUUUACCCAUUCACCCACCAUGGUAUUAAUAGUAGUUAUAUAGUCGCAGAACAAUAAUACAAAAAAAAAAAAAAUAAAAAAAAAAUAGUUUGGAAUUUUUUGCAAUUCAUUUUAAGGAAAAUGUUUUUUUUCUCUCAACCGUGUCGUGUUUUUUGCAUAAUAAAAACCACGUGAAAAGUAUGCAAACAUCGUGUGCCCUUUACGGGGCAGUAUAGUGUUUUAUCUAGAUGGUUUAUUUUCAUCUUAUAUAUACUCUUAUGAGUAAUAACUAAUAAGCUAUCAAAGGUAAAUAAGUGAAUAGAUAUAUAUAGUUUCAAAUCGUGAUUUACGUAUUCGUCGGAAAUAAAUGGGAACAAAAAUAUAAUUUAUAUUAUGGUUUAAAUUAUCGAGUUACAUCAGUCACGACAACAUUUUUGAAAUUUACAGACGUGUACCAAAUCCGGUAUACGUUCACUGUACCUCGAACGGAAUUAUCCAAUUUUUUUUUACCUAGAUAAAAAAGCGUCGAUUAUUUCUCUCUAGAUAUUUUAAAAUUUGUUUUCGUACCCCACUGUGUGUUACAUAACAAGGGACAUAAUACACGAUUUUGUCAUUUUUUUUAUCUGAUUAUUUGGAUAUUCACUUUUUAGGCACCUAUAUUAUGUAUUGUAAUGAUAUCUUUGAUUACAACAGUAUGUUAUGUAGUUAUUGAGUUUUUUUUGUAAACAUUAUUCGAAAAAACAUCGUUUUAGAUUCUGAGCUGAGUCGAGUAUUGGUUUUACUAUUAUGUUUAUUUUUUCUGUGGAAAAUUUUUCUACCAGCAAUUUUGUUCCGAUUUUCAAGUAUAGCACUUAUUCUGAAAGGAAAUCUGACCGGGGUGGUACUUUAAAGAGGUAAUGUUUUGAUUUUUUGGGGGUUUUCAUAAUAAACCGGAAAAUGUACGAAAUUUAUUAUUUUUAAAUUUCAAAUAUUACGGCCUUCUAAAACAUGUACAACCGAACUCCGCUCAGAAUCGUUUUUCGUUAGCAAAGAUUAAUCGUAUACAGAUGCGUACAGAUAUACAUUCAAUUUUCCUCUGUACCCUACCUUCCCCACUUUUUAUUUAUAUUAGUAGCCCACCCAUCAUGCGAUGUAUGUCCGUAACUUUUUCGUUCGUAUCCAAAACUGGCGACGCAGCCGCGUUGGGUUUUCACUGCGAAAAACCGUGCCGUUGGUUGCAGACAUUCGGGAGGCGACGGCGGCGGCCGCCGCGGAAAAUCGUGCGCGCGUGCGAAACUGCGGUCGGUUAUACAGCGGGCGCGCGCGCGCGCGCGCACACGAACGUGUAUGUGUAAUUGCCGAUAUUUAAUACUUUCUCGUCGUUGUCGUCCGCGGCGGCGCCGCCGUAGUGGGGCCGGUGACCGUCGGGCCCGGCGGCGACGGUGGCUCGCCAGUCGUCGUACGAACAUCGUCGCGCACCGCACACAUACACGCACGCGCGCACACACGGACACACACACACAUCCGCACACACGCGCGCGCGCUACACACAAACACACACACACACACACACACACACACGCGCGCGCGCGCGCGCAGCCGUCGUCGCUUUAACGCACCGCGGAAAAUCCCCGUAUUAUCACGAACACGGAAAAUCGUUCGGGUGGCCCUCGUCGUCCCUUAUCACGGAUCGCGCGGCAAAUCGGCCGUGUUUAUAUCGACGGCAUCGCGCAUAUCAUCGUCCCGCGAAACAUCGCCGCGGCCAAUCCGCACGGGACGGCUGCCGCCGUUUUGUCCGCGAACAAACAACCUCCACGCGAAACGAAUCGAAAAAUAACAACGGCGUUUGCGGCGUGCACCCGACUCUCGACCGCAGUGCACCACGGCUACCGCUGCUGCUGCCGCUGCUGCUGCUGCUGCUGCCGCUGCUGCUGCACGCACGACCCCCUUACGUGUACGUACGUCCCGAUCCCGGUCGACCCCGAGCGAGCGUGCGUCCGUCGCCACUCGAAAUAUUAUAUUAGAUAAUAAUAUAACGUAGAGCGAAGGACUGUUGUCACGACACCGUCCGGAUUUCCGUUUUCCCGCCGGCCGCGCUAAAGGUAUGAUAAAAAAAAAAAAAAAAAAACAAACAAGUAACGCCUAACUAAUAAUAACAUUGUAACGAUAUAACUAACGAUAUUCAGCCGAUUGGCGGAGAUAAUAUUAUGAUAUUUACCGUGCCCGGCGGGGGAAUUCGUACGUCGCGAGCGGACGUACCUACAACGGAUAUCCGCGGACGAUACCGCGGGAAAAAAACAAGCGAAAACAAUUUAUAAUAUUAUUAUUGUUCGGAUCGCGGAAUUUCGGAUGUUCGCGUUGACCGGCGGCUGCGCGAACCGACGAGAUAACCGUCGGCUAACGGCUCCCGUUUUCCGAGCGCGGGCGCGCGCGCACGUAGCCGUCGAGAUACGCGCGACGUCCGUACGACGGUACCGCGCGCGCAAUUAUUCAACGCGAAUAUUUCAACGGUGCGAAAUUUGCCCGAACUGCGUACGGACCGCUCGGCGCGCCCGCGCGCGACCAAUACGCGUGACGAAACUUAUCUGUAUAUAUAAUACGGUACAAUAAUUAUUACAAGAAUAAUAUGUGGAAAACCUUCACGGCGUUCCAAUUCGAAACUCGUAUAUGCGGAGAAUUUGCGAUAUAUUUUUAUUAUUAUUUUUUUUUUCAUUUGCAUCGCCGCGAAUAUCGCCAACGACAGUCGCGUAUAUUUAUCAUAUUUGUACCAGUUUUGCGAAACGAGUUCCGUUCGCGCGCGUAUAAAAACGUUUAAACGUGUAUCAUAUUAGAUUCUGAGCUCGGUGAGCGCUGUGUGUGUUUAAAUCUCUGAUACGUUUUUUUUUUUUUCAUUCGUUCGGUUAGCUUAAACCGGUGUCAUCCGGAAAGAACGCUUUCAAUAAACGAUAUACGCGAAUCAAUGAUUCAUGUAUCUUUUGAAUAUAAUAAAUAUCGCGUUGCAAUUCAGAAUUUAGCGAUACCACGACAUCACUUGUAAUACUAUUAUUGUAAAGAACGCCGAUAGAUAGUGUGUAUAUUGUUUAUCUAUUUCGCUGAUGUUACCUUUGUCACCGAACCAUUGCAGACCAGUGGUUUCGAACUUGGCGGUCGCAAAUGAUGGUCGGAGGGCGUCAACAACCAUAAGUAUCAUGUAUAUAAGAGGCGGUCUCACAUAAAAAAAAAAAAAAAAAAUAUGGAGGGCUGCGAUUCGCAAACGGUUGAAAACCACUGCCAUAGAUUAAGAUGAACACAAUUAUUUUAUUAAUGUGCGCAUGUUGUUCGUCUAAACUAUUUCACAAGUAAAAGAAAAAAAAAUUGUUUAUAAUGUUUGUAUCAUUAACAAAAUAUCAAUAAUACGUCUCGCCCGUCUGUUUUUAAAUAUUUUUUUUCUGUCUGGUAUUAUUUCGUUGUUUUUAUCGAUAAUAUGAAAUAUUGAACCCUACUCAUUUUUAUUCAGGUUGCCAACCUCCGAAUUGAACGCAUUCACUUUUUAAAAACCGAACGUUCUUUUUGAGAAUUAUGAACGUGGACGUGAACGCGUUCAUUUUUUUAGUGAACGUUCGUAACACUUAUUAAAAUUCUAUAAAUCGUUUACACAGUAUAUUAUGUAUUUUAAAAGAUGUGAAUUUUCGGUCCGGCGAUGGUAUUUUUCAUUUGAACAACUAUUAAAAAAAAGAACCGAUGGCAAUGUAAUAACAUCGCGGUUUUACAUCUCUGACUUCUUUGCUGAAAAACACCACUCAACGGUUUUUUCGAUUGCAUCGAUUUAUUGUUUCGUUCAGUAUGUAUAAUAUAAAUAACAUAAUAGUCACGACCGUGUAUAAUUUUAUCCCGAAUUGUCACAAUUUCCCAUCCACAACAGUAGCAGUCUAUCUGUGGCGCGAGGAAUGUGUUGGUUUUGCGAUGACGUGUGCUUUAUUAAUAUACUUUUUUCGGUUCAUUAUGAAAAUGCUUCAAAUUUUGUUCGCGUCAUAUGUAUUUUAAAAUAUGCGACUUUUUAGUCUGGCGAUGGUAUUUUUCAUUUAAACAGUUAAAAUAUGAAAAAAAAAGAACUUAUAACGACGAUACAUUGACUUCUGUUGACUUUACCAGGGGGAAAAUCUCUGGGAAUAUCACAUGACUAUAGCUCGUCAUUAUUGUUUUUCGAAUGCGACGUUUUACCGUUUCUUUUCAGUGUAUAACAUAAUAAUAUGAACUGUAAUUUUAUUAUUUUUUUUUUUUAUACCUUUGAAUUUCGUUUGCUGUUGUAGGUAGAAUCAUAUCGUGAUUCAGAAUCGCGUGGUUUUUUCAAACCGGUAAGCUGCAGUGAUUGUUCAAAGGAUGAUAUUUUAACAUCGUUGUAAUACAUCAAAGUUAGACUUACUGGCACAACCCCAUAGUUUAAUGCCAUAUAGAUUCAAAUGGGUUUUAUAAUAGCUACUUAUAAAUAGUAGCCGAUUAUCUUCUAUAGUUUUAUUCGGAGUAGAAUUCGACUAAUCAUUAAAGCUUUUGCAAUUUUAAAACAAAAAAAAAAAAACGAAACAACUCCCAACAAUGGGGGGGGGGGGCACUGUUGUGGGUGGGAAGUUGGAAAGGUAGAAGGGAAAUUUAAUGUAUAUCUUUACGAAAUGAUAUAUCAUUGUUAACGAAAUUGUUAAAAAUUCUGAAUGGACUUCGGAUAUAGUACACGUUUUGAAAGACAGUAAUAUUGACGAUUUGAAAAUAUUAUAUAUAUUUCGCAAAUUUUUUCGAUUUUCCUACAUUUUUUUCUCGGAUUUUCCCAUUUUUUGGGAAAACCCCUUAAGAAAAUUAAAAAAUAAUCUGUUUAAAGUACCACUCCAGUUAAAUUUUCUUUCAGAAAAAGUGCUACAUUAGAAAAUCUGAGCAAUAUUUCUAAUAAAAAAGUUGUUCAAAGAUUAAAAUAAGCAUUAUUGUAAAACCAAUAUAUUCCUCGCUCCGUUUAGAAUCUUCAACAACCGUAUAAUAUAUCAUCCCGAAUAUUCAAAAUUUCAAUCUUAGAGUACUACAGUAAUGGUCACGGUAUUUUUUGUUUGUAUAAUGUGAAUAAAAUCGUUAAAAGCUGCCCAAAAACGCUUGACAAUUUAACACAUAAUAUUAUAUAAGUUGUUAAAAAUCAUGGUGUUUCAAAACAAUAUGUUUACUAUGUAAAACAUGUUAACCAUAUGAUUAAACAAACAUCGGCUCAGAAUUGUUUUUCGUUAGCGACGAUUUAUCGUCUCGUGCAGAUAUAAAUUACACAUUUCUUAAUACAUAAAUUUAUCAUCUUACCUUCCCGACCAUAGCACCACAACAGCGGCACAACCGUCAGCAGUCAGUAUCAGUUAUUUGUUGUUUUAAUUUUUAUAAUUAUUAUUAUUAUUAUUAAUGAGAAUACUACGUGUACGUUAUCAAAAUAAUAUAAUAUUGUGAUUUUCGAUUUCACGGUGCCGUAUCUACCGCGGUGUUACCUUUAUUCGUACAUAGGUAGGAUUACGCUGUCUUUUACGACCUACGCGAACUGCAGUUGGCACCGCCAGGAAAACGUUCUUCUCGUCACUUGUCGCUUUUUUUCUUUUAAAUUUUUACUUUGAAAUAAUAAUUAUUAUGAUUAUUUAGUUUGUCGGUGGUUUUUUUUAACGGUAGGCGGAUACGUACCUAUACCGGAGUGCUGGGUAUACAAUUCCACUAUUAAUACGUCGUGGUGAACAUAACAGAACCGAGAAAAAAAAAAAUUUACAAAUUUUGCCAAAUUUGCUAUAUGCUGACGAAUGACGACGACGACGUGUAUUCUCUCUGCAAUAGUCUGAUUUCCGUUUGAAAUGUGCAAAACACGCGAAAAGAGUUUAUUAAUGUAAUAAAAUUAAAAAAAAAAAAAAAAAUCGAAAUAGGUCAAAAAAAAAAGCGAACCGUCGUUUUCGAGUGUGUUGUAAAUAUAAUAAUAAUAAUAUUAUACUUUUAAUAUUAUUGUAUAGAGUUGUACGUGCGCAAUAAAAUAAUAAUAAUAAUGUUAUAACCUAUACGAGAUAAUACGAGUAUAUUAUAACAGCCUAUGGCUGCAACACAAUAUACUUAUAUCAUUAUUACACGGCACAUAAAAAAUAUAUUAUAUUUCUGUAGGACGUCUGCACUGUUUACACGCUGCUGCAGUUGGUUAUGAUGUUUUGUCGGUUUGGGAAAUGUAUUUUUCUUUUCGGGUUCUCGGGCGAGCGCUUUACAAAAAAAAAAAAAAUUUGCAUAUGAAAAAAGACACGUUUUCUACACGAACCGAAGAAAAUAUUACAAUAAUAAUAAUACAAAUCUGCUGUCGUUCGAGCGACGUGUAUCUAACUCAAUAUAAUAUGUGACCUAGACCUAAACACGCGCAGUAUAAUAUGCUCUACACUAUAGGUAUAGGUAUGCGCCGCGCGUAUGUGUUUUCUUUCGAAAUUUAAAAAAAAAAAAAAAAAAACUGCGAUUAAAUUAUUAUUAUUAUUAUUAUUAUUGGCCGUGUUUUAUACGUAAAACCGGUGAUAUAAACCAAUCACUAUUUAUUUUGGUCGCGGCUUGACAGAGGUCUCCACAGGAGAAUAACACCUUCCUCCCCGACAAACUUGACAAUUUAGACUACUGAAUCAUCGGCUAUUCAACUAUAGUUUAACCCUAAAGUUGACAACAUUUUUAAUUUCUUCGUUUUUUUUUAUUUUGGUAUUUAUUCCGUGAUGAUUAUAUCGUUAUGUUAUUAUCAUAAUAUGUAAUAUUAUUUAUUAUUAUCAUUUAUAAAAAUAUAUUGUAAUCUAUUUUCGGAAGUUUGCAAUUUCGAUAUUUGGAUUUUAAAUUUUUUUAAUUAUACCUUCCGCCUAUUAAUUUUUUUAUGUUAAGCUAUGGUCAGUGAGACGCGGACGUUUAACUCAAUUUAGAUAAUGGUUAAAAAUAUUCGAUCCGAGAUCAUUUAGAUGCUGAUUAAAAUAACAAAUAUUUAAAAUACUUCAGACUGGAUAUAAUAAAUAAGUGGAAUUUAUCAAUUUAUCUGGAAAACAAAAAAAAAAAAUAUUUUUUUUUUUAAAUUUUCUAUUUGUCUAUAAGUGUAUUUUUCUAUAUCAGGUGGAUAAACAUUUAAAUAGAAGUACAAUUUUUUUGUAAACUCAAAGGUAGUAGAUCUCUAGCGAUAGUAACUUUAAAUGUAUAACUUUAAGUACCUAAACAAUUUUACUAAGAACAUGUUACUUAGUUACUCAGAAAAUAAUUAUUUCUCAUCUUUGAUAUCCCUUAGAAAAUUUGCAUCUAGAUACGUUAGAAGUCAAAUAAAAUAUUAUGUAGAUAAAUCUCAAAACUAGUCGCGAUAUUAUGAGAAAGCUACAAGUAGCUGGUGAAAAAUAUAUUAUGUAAUUCUCCAUUACUUUUGUCUUAUAAAAUCCAAUUAGCUAAAGCCCCGGCUACCUAUUCGUUACUUAAUCGUUACUUACCAUCGUGGAUUUUCAUUGACUAGGCAGUAGAUUUAAGGUUAACAUUUGGGAAACUGACUUUUUUGAAGCAUUAUCAGGUUUUGAUCCAAAAGUAAGUUAAUGUCCUAAAAUAAAUUCCGGGUACGCCGUUCCGGCUUGGGCCUAAUCCGGAUAGGGUUUGUAAAUACACCGUGGCGGUUUGUUAUACAAGAACAACACCCGGUAUAAAUAGCUAUCGCGGGUCAAUAAUAAUAUUUGCAUUGCAUGGAAUAAUUCAACCUAUAUUACACUUAUUUUCGUGUUAUUAUUUUUAUUAUCAUUAUAUGUGACAAGUCGUUUUAUUAUUAUAGAGUAGGUGUACGUCGUCGUUUUCGUCCGAUGGGAUUCAUUGACAUGUUUGGCACCUACUGAAUGUUUCAUAAUGCACGUGUAUACUUAUAAUAAUAAUAAUAAUAAUAAUAUACUGUGUAACGAGACUUGAAUGGGUAUCCUAAAUGGUGGUUUUAGAACGAAAGACAGAACCGUAUAAUACAAUAAUUUUACUUGCAUACGUACAAUAGUAUAUUAUUUACACAAGUAGUCAUUUUUGUAUAUUUUGGUAAUUAAUUGUCAAUUGUUAUGUAAAAAAAAAAAAUCUACCUAUCAAAUUCUGCGUACUGGACAAUUUACGAACAAUAGUAAUAUAUAUGAAUAAGAUACUUUAAUAUUUUAGCAAAAAAAAAUAAAAAUAUAUUUAUUUUAAUUCGAGAUUUUUAUCAUGCAGUAGGCAUAAUAAUAUAAUAUCGUGUUUGUUUAUUGGUAAUCGUUUGUAAAAAUAAAUAUAACGACAAGCAUUAAACAAAAAAAUGAUGAAACACAAAAUUAUAAUACUUUAAAGUUUAAAUGCAACAUAAUAUAGGUACAAAUAUUAGCGUAUUUUGUUUUUAAGCUCAAUCAAAUACAUAACUUACUUUUUAUAUGAUAUGACCAAAUGUAAGAAUACUUCAAUCGAUACAUGGAAUCAAUAAUGUUUUAUAUUAAUUAUGUAGACCUCGAUUGAAAAAAUUAAAAAAGGCUAAUACUGCUAAUGGAUGUGUCCCUGUUUUAGAAGGAAAGUUGCUUUAGAGAAUACAUAGAGUAAUUUAAUUUAUACUUUCACACAAUGAUAAACCAUUGCUAAUGAAAAAUAACUCUAAACAGCGUAUUAUUAGUUGUGUUUUCUCCGUAUUGCCAAAGUAACACAGAAAUCAACAAAAAAAUAUACAAAUGAAUGCCAGUUUUUUCCAUUUAUUAAGAAACCUACAAGGGCAAAAAGACGGACAUAUUUCGCACAAAAGGUGGGCCACUGUUGUAGGUGAGAAGUUAGAACGUAGGAUAUAAAGAGGAAUUUAAUUUAUAUAUUUAUGUAUCGAUAAACCAUAACGAAAAACGAUUCGUAGUUAAAUUUAUUUUAUAUAUUUAUACGUAAUUUUUCCCGUUUUUCCUAUGGUUUUUUCAAUUAUUAUGAAAUAUGUUUGGAAAAUCGAAAAAUACGAAAGGUCCUAUGUAAAUUCUUCUAUAUAAAAAUUACUUCAUUAAAAUCAAUUUUUAUGAAUUUCUGUUAAGUCUAACAAUUUUCUCCACAUAACAUGAAUACAAAUUACGUACAAAACUAGCAUAAUUAAAAUGUCUGAAUUAACUGAAUUACAACAAAAAAACAAAGUUGAAAAUAAUAACAUUAUUUUCUUACAUUUUCCCGUUUUUUCUAGGUUUUUUCAUGAUUUUUCCCUGUAAUUAAGAAAAUUGCUUGGAAAAUCAAAAAAUGAUCUCCCUAAAAUACCACCCAGAUAAAAUUUUCUUUCAGAAAAAAUGCAACUAGUAUUAUUAUUAUUAUUAUGGGUAACAUUUCCCUCAUUGUUUUAAAAAUACAAACAAAUAAGAAUAAUAUUUAAUAUUGAAAUACAUAUAUUUCAGCCAAGUUACGAGGAAAACUUUGAUGUGUUAAAUAGAAAUUCCCCUCCCAUUGACAAUUGUUGAGCACGCCACUGGAUGCGACACUUGAAAACCGGAGUAAAACUGCUGGUAGAAAAGUUAUUCACUGAAAAAAAAAAUUAAUUUUAUUGUAAAAACAAUAUAUUCCUCGUUACUAUCCGAAUAUAAAUAUGACUUCAUUAUGCACCAACUGGAUAAAAAAUGCCACAAUAAUGUUUUUAUAAAGUUUCUAAUUGGAACAAGGAUUCUGAUAGAAAUGUUGUUUACAGACAAAAAUAAACACAUCAUAAUAAAAUCAAUACGUUUCUCGCUAUGCUCAGAAUAUAAUACGGAGACUGUGUAGGAGACCGUGUAGAGCUGGAAAAUAAGUUUUGUAUAUUCAUCGACGUAGGUAGUAUUUUCUAAUUAACGAAUCGGAAGCUAUUCCGUUUUACAUUAAUUAAAUUUAUUUAAUUACCAAUUAAUGAUAAGAAUUGUACAAUGGAGUGUUGUGUUAUAAACGAUAUUAGUCUUCCAAGCUAAUUUGCUGCCAUCUUUGUUACUUCCUUUUACAUAAUCUAUUUAGUUCUAUCGAUUUUACAUCCUCUUUUACCCUUUUUUUCACCUACCUGACGGUCUUUUACCAAUUAGGUCUUCUUUUCUCCAAAUAACGCAUGCCCAGGUAAUGUGUGUUAUUCUUCUUCUAUUUUGUUAUUAUAUCUAUAUAUCUAACUGUUGAAACAAAUUCUUCAGUUCUUCAAAGUGAUAUUUUCUCUGUUCCCUCAUAUUGAAAUCCACACAUGGUCUGUAAAUUCCAAAAUCGAUACCAGUGUGUUCAUUUUUAGAAUAAAAAACAAAAUAAAUAGGUAUAGAAUUUAUCGUGUAACGAUACAAAUGAUCUCACCAAAAAUAUGAAUCUCAAAACGAUCGUUUUUCCAAAAAGAUAAAAUAUGUAAUGAGUUAAAAAUUAAUUUGAUGAUAAUUUAAAUAUACAUUUAAAUUACAACUGAUUUUCUGUAUUAAGUUUGAAUUAAUCCAUAACACAUCGACAUUGUUUACUGUAUUUUAUUUUUACAAAUAUACGGGUUAUCUCUUUUACAUAAAAGUAAUAGUACAACAACGAAUAUAAUAUUACAUUAUAGGUAUUAUGUAGACAUUCUUAUACAAUAAAUAUAAAUUAUAAAAAUACAAAUGUACUUAUAGUAGGUUUAUUAUUACAUAUUGUAUAGGAGGAAGAAGAAACUGAUAAAAGAAAAAAAAAAUCCAAGUAAAACAAGUUAUUUACCUGAAAUUGUUGUAUAAGCUGUGUCCUUGAUAUUGAAUCCAAUUACUUAAAAGUAUAAUACAAAUCUAUGUUAUUUUCUGUAAAAAUCCUAGUUUUGAUUUCAUGUUUUAUCACUAUAGUUCAAUUGCAUAUUAAAUUAAUACUGCGUGGUUGUUAAUUGUAUGACCAGGUACAAUACCAGAUAAGAGUUACAUUAUUUUAAAAAAGAGCUGGUACUACUCAUGGGUGCGUAAAUUUUGUAGGUGGGAAGUUGGGAUGGCAUGAUAUACAGAUUAAUUUAAUUUGUAUUUAUAUGCAACGAUAAUUUAUUGCUAACGAAAUACGAUUUUGUUGAGCGAAGUUCAGUGAAAGAUGUUUUGAAAUGCCGUCAAUUUUACGAUAUUUGAAAAAAUUUGAACUUAAAACGCGUAUGAAAAAAAGACAUAUUAAAUUCAACUUUUUUCUUUUUGAUCAAUAUAAGUAUCGUGUUUAAUUUUGAAACAUUUCAAUCAAUUAGUCAAUACAUUUUAUCUAAAUGAAAUGUAAUAAAAACUAUAAAAUGUUAAAUGCCUAUAAAUAGUUCGAACAUUGCCAGUGUUUUAAAAAUUAUAUUACGUCUACAAAUUUAACUUUCUCAGUAAAUAAAAAUCAUUAAACAACUACACGGAAAAUUAAAAACCGCCUUUCUUUCCAGUAAAUAAACAAAAUGUUCUUUCAAAAAAUAUGCUACUUUGGAAUUUGAAGCAAAACAAAAUUAAAAAAAUCUUAAUUAUCGAAAUCAGUAUUGUAAAUUUGUCCGUUUUCUCUGCAAGAUUUCUGGUAGAAGAGUUGUUCACAGAUACAAAAUAUCGCACAUAUCAUACAAUAAAAUCUAUACAAGUCAGCUGUGCUCAGAAUUUAAAAAAACCAUGAGUACAGUGUACUGUAGUUGUAUGGGUGAGAAGUUUGAUAGGUAUUAUAGGAUCAUUGAUCAAUCAAAAAACGAUUCUGGACGAAGCUUAGUUAACUAGUGUUUCCCCUUCCCCUUGUAGCCCGUGCAACUCAGAAAAUCACUAAAAUAAAACCUAUGUAUAGUUGUAAACUUUUGCCAGUUUAUUUUAGGAAAAUGAAUGGAAAUUCAGAAACCGUUUCAAAUAAAGUAUUAUCUAGUGAAAAAUCCGCAUCUUUUUAAAGUAUGGCAUGAGAAGAUCUGAGUAAUUUUUGCUAAGCGAGAAAAUGUUUCAUCAUCUUAAUAAAACUAAUGGUUUUUUCGCUAAAAUUUCUUUUGCUAUCAGAGUUUAAUAUUUUACAAUAAAUUAGAUUAAAAUGUUAUGGGUAUUUUAAAAAAUUUAAAAAUGUAGACAAUUUUAUUUAGUUUAUAUAUCAUUAAAAAAAACAUAUUUGUUUACAGUUAAAAUUCUUAGAAUUGGAUUUUAUGAACCGAAAUAAAAAAAAACCCAUGUAAACUACUAAAAUUCUAACCAUAAAAUUAUAACAAAUAUAUCUAGUACGUAUAUUUAGAUAUAUUAAAUAUCGUUUUACACGAAAUAUAAUACAGGAAGGUAAAGAUUUGUUUUAAUGGUUUAAUAAGUUUAAUAAAAUAAAUUGCAUAAAUUAAACAAAUAUAUAUGUGCAUGUAUAUUAUUUAUUAUUCAUGAAAAUUCUAUUUCGUGUCUUUUUCCUGCAAUAUAUAAUAAUAUGAUAUAAAAAACGCCUUAUGAAUUUAAAAUGGAGAAUAUACCUAUUAUAAAUAUGUAAAAAGUGUAAUUUGUUAAAAAUGGAUAAUAAUUCAGUAUAUACAUAUAGUAUAUAUUUUUUUAAUUAUUAUUAUAUAUAUAUAUAUUAUAUAAUUUGUGCUUAUUAAGCGUAUAGUUUAAUGAACAAAAAAAAAAAAAAAAUGUUCAAAUACAUUCAUGUUUUUUUCGUAUAAUAAUAAUUAUUAUUUUUAUAGUUCGUGUUCAUUCAUUGUGAAGACUUAUUAUUUAAAAUAUGAACAAUCCAUUUUGUGUUUAUGUUAGAUAUACGCAAUAAAUAACGAUCAUUUUUAUUCAACCUACGUGUAUGAAAAUAUAAUAUUUCCGACGCGUAAAUACGAAUAUUUUGAGAAAUAUUCUUAGUAAUCAACGAUGUAGUCCUACAUUUUUAUUCCAAAAAUAGUGUUAAUUUUCGCAAGAUUUGUUUAAAGGAUUGUUGUCAACAAAUAUACCUCUAGCAAUUCUCAAUUAAAAUUAUUUUUGGAAAAUUAUACAUAGAGAGAAAUCCUUAGUGAACAUGUUCAUGAACAUUUUAUAUAAAAACAAAAUUUAUAAACGCAUAUUUUUAAAGCAUAUUAAUUUUGUACUUUUUUAAACGCAUAAAUUAAUGCACAUUGAGUAGGUUCUUUUUAAGGACAUUAAGUUCCGAGCCCAAGUCAUUAGCAACCGUUUGGAUUAAAAAAAAAAUAAGGAAAAAUGUCACCGUCUGUUUUCGUUGAACCGUUAUGAUAACAUGCAUCGAUAUACGAUGUUUUGAUAAUGAUUAAUAAUACACAAGACGUAUAUGCGAAACUGGAUACACCUAUAGUGAACGUAUACCCGCGUUUCAAGUAAAAAAGUUUUGAGCAAACGCAUUGUCAAAAAACCAAGAAGUGUGUUUACGUCGUGGUUUCUCGCAUAAUAAAUCGGGGUUUACCAGUGUUUUCAGUUAGUUCGCUUUUCAGAAAUUUUAAAAAUAAGUAUUAUAAAUUAGAUUUAAAAUGUUACAAAUUUAAAAACAGGUAUAGAAAUUACGCUUUUGGACCUUUAUCGUUUGCCCCUUUUAGUAGUCCGAUUGCGUGAGUUUUAACGACUACGUACGAUUUAUAUACCUGACCCUUAAAAACAUUACGAUUUCCUACGAAUUACCCUAAUACGACAUACCUAUAUAUUAUUGACAAAGCAACACUAUUAACCGAGCUCUGCUCAGAAUCGUUAUUUUGUUAGCAAUGGUUUAUCGUUGUGUAUAGAUAAACAUAAAAUUCUCGUCUAUAUUCUACCUUCCCAACUUCCCAUCUACAACAGUGGCUACACUCGUCCCCAUUAUCCUAGGACAGGAAUGUAUUGGUUUAAAAAUGACGUUUAUUUUAUUUUCCUUUUUUUUUUUGGUUCAGUUAAAAAUAUUUGUAGAAAGAUAAAGUUUGGAUACAAGCUUAUUUUUAGCUUUUCUAGAUGUGGUAAAAUGUUAAAAACAUUAUAGCUAUUUUUGAGCUUUUUAUUGACGUUUUAAUUUUACGAGUAUUUGUGUAAUUUUGGUUCGGUAGGUAUUCUGUAGAUAAAAUUGUUAGACCAAACAGAAAUGCUAGACAAUUUAACAGAAGGUUUAUUAUAAGUAAUAUUAGUCGCACUUUAUGGUAAAAAAUGAAUAAUGGAUGGGUUACUGUUGUAGGUUUGAAGUUGGACAGGUAGAGGGGAACUUUAAUGUGCAUCUUUUUGCAACGAUUUACCGUUAUUAACGAUAAACGAUUCCGAACGGAGUUCGGUUAAUAGUGUUGCUUUAACAAUAAUAACAUAUAUGUUAUAUUAUGAUAAAAAUAAUUACAUAUGAAUUGUAUAUUUUCUUAAGUAAUAAUUGUUUAAUAUGACACAAUUAAUUUAGACAUUUUUUUAGUUAACUAAUCAAUAUUAAUUUUGAAUCAUUCAUUUAAUGAUUUAUUGUUUAAAUGUAUUAUUACAAUAUUAUAUAUAAUAUCAACAUUUAAAAAACAGUCACAUGCAUACAGUAGAUACAAUUAAAAUAGUUAAUAUAAAAAUAUAUUUAUUUGUAAAAUUUGGGAAUAUGUGAUAAUUAUUGAAACCUAUUUUUUUUUAAUGAAAUAUGAACAAAUUUCUUUUUAUUAUUUAAUCAUCUAUUGAUAAACGGGUGUUGAAUUAUGAAAUAAAUAAUAAAUAAUUUAUUACACAAUUAUAUAAUGAUUAUUAUUGGUUCUUGGUUCAUGUUAUACAUCCACAUUGAGGACAAAUUAUUCUUAUUUGUUAUUAAGAACUAUAACUUGUUGAGUUUUACUGUCCAUUGUUUAUGAUAUAUAAUUAUUUUAAUAUAUACAUAUAUCAUUUAAUAUAUUAUUUUGAUUUUUGUUUUUGUUUUUUUUUAAAACCUAACCUUACAACGAUAGUACUUUUCUGAAAUGAAAUCUAACCAGGGAGGUACUUUAGGGAGGCCAAUUUUUGAUUUUCCCUGGAGUUUUCUUAAUAAAUGGGAAAAAACGGAGGAAAAACGGUACAAUGGUACAACGGUACGAAAUGUAGGUAUUUGUAAUAAAAAAUGAAUUAAUAGCACUAAAACUGCACUAUUAGUCAUUAGUUUAUCCUUGUGAUAUUUUUCUCAUUAUUUUCGGACAACUGCGCGUGAGACAGAAGAUUCAGGAACGAUCGAUAAAUUAUAGCUAAUACGACCCAUCAAAUUACUGCUGCUAAUUCGAUUUUAAAACUGGUCAAAUAUUACCGCGGUAUUCAGUAUUUUUUAGAAUCUUUUUCAAGUACAUAUUCCUGUCGUAUAGUGUGUAUAUGUUACGGGCAAAAGCCGAAAUCGAGCAAAUCUCAGAAAUGUUCGAGCAAAACGCAGGGUGUUUUGCUCGAACAUUUCUGAGAUUUGCUCGAUUUCGGCUUUUGCCCGUUACAUAUAUAAUAUUAUUCCAGUGUAUAAAAAAAUCGCGGAAACGAAUAGUAUUUAUAAUGUUUGCAUUUUUUGAAAUAAUUAGUAUAAUUUUCGUUUUUAAAUAAUAUUGUUGAUAUGGUACGUGUACUGUAUUAACUUCGAUAUUAUUUGUUUCGAAAGUCAUCGUUAACAUUUUCAUUAUUAUCAUUGAAAUGUUAUAAUAUCUCGAAGGCAUAUUAUAUUGCAAGAGUGUGUAACGUGUAGAAAUAUUACGACGGUUCGUAUACAAAUACAAAAUAUUAUAAUGUGUGAAAUAUAUUUUACAUUCCGAGACAACCAACACUUUUAAAAAUAAAUACAAAUAUUUAAUAGGUGCGUAAAGUCGCGUAUAGAAUAUUCUAUAACAGCAAAGCAAUCCGACUAAAUUGUCUACUUAUCAUAAUAAUUACUAUGCAGAAAACAACAGAACAUUUGUAACGUUUAUUAGCAUUUUUCUGCGUUACAUUCCUGCGUUUUAGAUGGAAUGUACUAAUGUCAAUUAUAUUAUAUAAAUAUAAAAAAAAAAACACCGUUUCAAAAUACUUAGUUUAACGUGUAUUAAUAAUAUUUAUAGAUAAAAAUAUGAUAACGUUACGUACAAAUCAAAUCCUAUUAAGUAUAUAUUGUAUAGUAGAAUAAUUAUGUGUCGUAAUAAUAUUGUCAUGCCUACUAUCUUGAUAUUAUCUUAUAUAUUAUAUUUUAUACAGAUCGUUUUAGGAAUUAACUAUAUCGACAUUGUAACGUCUUAUUAAAAAAAAAAAAAAAUUGUUCAAAUAAUACGUCCAUACACGUGAUAUUAUGUUACAUUGUAUUAUAUCGUAUAAAACAAAUGUUUGAUACAAGUAUGUCGGAAUAUUUUGUUCUUACAUCUUUUCCGUUUAUGGAAAUAUAAGCGAAAACAGCUAGUAUUCGUAUAGCUAGUAAAGUCCGAUCACGAAAUAUCCAACGAGACAAUAUAAUUUUAGUGAAAAAGUCGAAUAUUUGUUUUUUCUCGUCCUACGUCCGAUCGUCGACGACCCGGGUUCUCCUAUAUUGUUUAUUUAUCGGGUCAUUUUGUCUAUCAAUAAUCUUCUCUACGAUUAAUUUACCGCCGCGGGCUCUCAAAAUAUGUCCGAACCAUAAUAAUUUGUCUAGACGUUUGCUUUCAUGAAAAAUUCGGUUCGUUUUUUUUUUUUUGAAGCAAGCUGUUUUUGUUGCAGAUUUUGAUUAUUUUUUUCUUUACUCUCGUCGUAUACAACUCUAAUUAGCUUAUGCGUGUAUAAUAAUAAUACGUUUUGUGGUGUUUUUCUUUUUUCCGAAGGUUAAGUUCAUAUAGCUUUAAUAUAAUUAUAGGUUUCGGAUAGUUUUUAUAUAUUCAUCUCAUUUGGUCAGUGAUUGUAGGUUUCUCGCACAUGCAGUAGGUAUAUAACAACGUUGAACGUCAUAAUUUUCGAAAAUCGUAGCUGCUAAAUAAUAUUAAAUUUAUGAUAAGGAACAUUAUAAACGUAAUAAGUUAGCCAUAAUUUGCAUCAUGUGUUGUAGAAUUCAAAUUGUUGUUGGUAGCAAAUUAUUAUAACCUAUUGGGCAAUUUAAUUGAUUUAAUUUAAUUAAUACAAUAUGUUUUAUAAGAUGUGUUGAAAGUCAACCAAAAAAAUUGGUUCAAAUAGAGUAUACGCGUCGAAAAAUCCGCAUCUUGUCAAGUACGAUGUAGAGUCUAUGUAGUAUGUAGACAAUUUGAAGCAUUUUAAACCACCGAAAACGUAUUUUCUUAUUGUAACAAAAAAAAAAAAAAAAGGGUUUUGAAAGGACUAUACUGAUUUUCAAAAACACUUUUCAAAUAAUAAGCAUUUUUGGUCAGAGAUUCCGCAUAUUUUAGGAUACUUCGUGAAAUUAGAAAAAGGGUAAAAGUAUAUAGUGAAUAACAGUUUAUUUCGAAAAAAUAUCGGAAACCUCGAAAAAUGAUGUACCAUCAGUCGGAAAAUCUGCAUCUGUUAAAUACAAAUGAUAAUACAAAUAUUUAAUUUAUUUUAUGCGUUACAUUUUAAUACUGUAUGCUAUGGUGUGAAUGGAAUGAUAUUGUGGAAUUUAAAAGUGUUAAAAAUUUGAAUAAGCGAUAAUGUGUCGUAUAAAUAUUAUUUUGGAUAAAGUGUCAUUUAUUUGUUAUUUACCUACCUAACUUGUAUAGGUUUGUUUUUUUUUAUUCCAAUUUCAUUUUGUUUUGUUAAUACCACGGUGAUUAUAAUUUUUGUUUUUCUUCCAGUACGACCAACGUGAUAAUAAUAAUAUAAUGUUUUUUAUUUAUGAUACAAAACAACUUUUUAAUUCAAAUACCUAAUUAUCGCGCCAUUGAAAUUAUUCUUCAUUAAACAUACCUCUAAAUUUGAUGUUCACAUUAAUGUAAUAAUUAUUAAAAAAAAAAAAUAAUAAUAAUAUAAUGAAUACAUCAAUAAGUGUAAUGUAUUUUCCAAUUUUUUUACGAGAUGUGAUGAAUUUGAAAAAUUUCAAGAUUUAUUUCCGUGUCAAUAAAACAACCAUUUAUUCUUACUCGUUAACUAAUUAUGUGAAGAUACCUCCUCAUUAGUAUAAUAGAUAGACCUUGGUUGAAUGUAAUUUUUGGUUGUAAUGUUUUUGAAUUACCGCCUUUAAUUUUUCGUUGAAAUUAUUGAUAGCAAAAAAAAUGAUUCUUCAAAUUUUAGAUUCUUAGUGGAGCGAAGAAGCUUAUAGUUUUACAAAGAUGUUUAUUUUUUUUUCUUUAUCUGUGUACAACUUUUCUACCAGAAGACUUGCUCGGAUUUCUACGUGAAGCAUCUUUUCUGAAAGGAAAUUAGCAUGGGGAGGUUCUAUACGGAGAUAGUUUUUCGAUUUUUUUAAAAGUUGUCUCAUCAAAUAUAAGAAACUGAAUAAAAACAAGAAAAUAUAAGAAAUUUAGGUAUUAGUUAAAAUGUAUUACGGUCUUCUUAUUUUCUGUACACAAGUUUUCAACCAGCAAUUUUACUCCAACUUUUAAUGCAGCACUCCGUCAGUAAACUAAAGCUCUAAAGAGGUGAUGUUUAGCAUUACUAUUUUUAUUUUCUCUUUUAUUAAUCCAAAUACUGUUGCGUUGAAAAUCAAUACUUGUAUAAAUUAUUUCAAGUGCAUUACGAUUUUUAAGUACUUUUUAGUAUUGUAAAGGGACUUCUCGAUAUACUGGAAGCAUACCUUUUUUUUUACUCAUAUAUAACAAUAACAUACAAGGUGUUCCGGUGUUUACGUAUGUGCUUGAAGGCCAUGUUAGGUUAUGUCAGACAACUUAGAGUCCGGAAAAAAGUAGUGUAAUAUAAUUAGACUUAAGCUUAGUGCCAUCAAUUAAAUGUUUUUAUCAGUGUCUGUUUGGAAGCUCUUAAAUACUAUUUUUUAUUUAUUUAUUUUUAUAAAAUAAUCAUAAUGCAGUGGUAUUACAAAUUAUAAAUACUUAUACAAAUUAUUAUACGUAGUGUUAAAGAUCUCAAUUGAAUUUUUCAUAAAUAAUUGUUUAUUCGAUUUUUUUUUUUUUUAAUCAAUUUUAAUAAUUCGUUUACCUAUACUCUGCGGUCAACACAUUUGUUGAAAAUGUGUACUUUUAUAUAUUAUGGUUCUUUUUUAGGUUCUUUCUUUUUUAGUUUGACUUUUGUUGAUUUACAACUAUCUGGGUUUCUUUGACGCUCAGAAUAAUUUUUUGUUUAUAAUUAUUUAUUGUUGUUUAUAGUAUAUAUUUGCUAAAUCACUUUGUUAACCUGUGCAUUACCAAUUAUUUACCUAUACUUCAGUGAAUUAAAACUACAACUACUACAAAUCGUGAGUCGUAUUCACUUUUUUUUUUCAUUUUUGUUCCGAAACAAUUACAUAGUGCGAUAGUUAUUACGGCGAUAUUUUGGGUUCGUUUAAACUAUUAUAACUAUAUAAAGAGUAUAUUUCUUUUUACUGAGGUCAGUUAAGAGUAUUGACGUAAAAUAUCUAUAAUCGUAUCGUACCCAUCUGUUAAAUUGUAUUUUUCCGUUUUAAACGACUUUAAAAAAAUAUAACGUUAGGUAGAUUUGAGAUUUCUGUGAUGUCAUUUUAAUACAAUAGGUAGUUAAAACAUAUUCUAUUAUCUUUUAACCGGUUCAAUAGAUUCACGUUUCUCGUGUGCGUUGUGUUCAAUAAUAUAAACUGAUACGAUGACACAAACAUUUGCCUCAAAAAGUCAAAAUUUUUGUUUUCAGACGACACGCUCGUGACCGACGACGUUAUUUUGUUUAUUAUCCAUUGUCAUAUUGCACCGCGUGUACAUUAAAUGUGUUUUGUUGAUGAACUCUUCAAGUAUACCAGUAACCUUGCUACUGGAGGCCGACAGGAAGAGUGCCACUAGUAUGCGGCUAGUUUUAAUCAGUAUUAAUAACGUCUAUAUUAUUCGAUUUGGAUAUAAUAAUACAAUAAUUUAUCCCCUUUGUUAUUUAUAAUAAUUUAGAUUUCCAUUGAUAGUUCUUUUAAGUACUGUAAGUUUCAACUUUUUGCUGGCGAUCUUAACAUAAACUCUUGCAUAAUAAUGACUGUUCCUUAUGACAAGAAGAUUGAAUUCGAUAUCAGUAUACUGUACUAAAAAUUAUCUUAGUGUAAAUGUCUUUAAACGCGCUAAGAUAUCUUUUCUCCGAAACUAAAAUAAAUAUCAUUUGAUUACUCAAUUGGGAAUAACAAUUUAAUCGAGUUCGACAUCAUACGUGACUUUAGUUUCACCUUUCAGUCAAAUCUUCAUUUUACUCGUAUAAAUCCGAUGGUAUGCUUAAAAGUAAUGAAAAUGUGGGUUUUUUUUUUUUAAUUUAGAUCAAUUAAAUCUUUCCAUAAUGAAUAAUGUACAGUUCUAUAUUGUUCAUUGGUCCGCCCUUUUCUUGAAUAUGGAUCCGUUAUAUGGAGUAAACAUUCGAUUUAUCAUACAGAGAGACUCAAAUAAACAUAAAUAAGAUUCGUACGAUUUUUUUCGGCUACAAAAAAAAAAAAAAAUUAACUAAUACAGUAAUAACCUAACCUUUGACGAUCUUACUAUGAACUGUUUCCAUGUUAAUCUAAAACUUGAUCCCCUUUUAACGAUUCGUAAAAUAGCCGACAUGUCCUUUCCUUCACAAAUCAUUAAAUGACCCUUUAACCUGCCCAUAAUUGCCUGAACGUGUUUUUCUUUCAAUGUACCACAAUACUGCUCCCAACCAUGUCCAAUAUAUUGCGACCCACUGCAGAAUAUCAUUUCUGAACCGGUCGUAUAGGUACGGGAGAUAGAUUAACGUAAUUUUUUUCACAAGUGGUCGUUGACAAUAAUGCAUAAUAUAAUAUUCCGUAGUUUUGUCCGGAAUCAUUUGGGACGAUACGAUUACUAUAAUUAUUAUUGGGAAUUUCGUUGGUUCGACCUCUGUCGUUAACUUGUUAUGCCAAUUCUCGAGUCCGGUGGUACAGGUAGAAGAGGAGUAUUGUUACAAAAAAAAAAAGAAGGAAAAAACGAGUUACACGCGUAUCAAGGAGACGAUUGUUUUUAUUUCGUCUGUAACAUAUUGUUUUACGGACCCAAACUGACGGAUAAAACGAAAACAAACAUGUUUGCCACGACAUUAGGCGUGCGUUUCAGUUUGUUGCGUUAUUUGCAACACUCGGUUGCAAUUAUUGUUGUGAAUGUUGUGAUUGAUGUUUUGUUUACUGCACAAUAUUUGACAGUAUUUUUUUAGUUAAUGUUAAGAUGGUAAUCGUAGUUUUUAAUUGUUCGUCGAUUCUAGCAACUCGGGUUGUCAAACAAUUUCGGUAAAUCGGUAUCACCAAAACCGAGUUGGUUCGUUAAACUAGUAAAGGUACAGGACGCUUGAAAUUGCAUGUGUCAAAACUGAAAGCACGCCUAUUGGCUGUUAUAGUGGCGUAUUUGGAUAUUUUUAUAUUGGGUGAACGACGAACAUUUUAGUUUACAGACCCGUGAGAGGAGCUACGUAUUGACAUAGCCAAACCGUUCGACCACACAUUAUAAAUAAAAAAUGGGGGUCACCGACUGGCGGACCGCGAACGUUUUCUUACCGACCCCUAUCCGCGGACUAGUUUUCAAAAUGUUUAUAAUAUAAAUAAAUAAAAACUAUAAGUAUGUCAUAUAAAAUUUAUAUUACGACAGAAAAAUUAUUUAAGUAAUGGAAAAUAAUGUGAUCCACCUCCCAUGUAUACGCCACUGGCUUAUUUAACAGGUGGAACGUACCGAAAAACAAAGUGACGUCGUCGGUUCCGUGUGAACUCCCGCACCAAACUCUUUCUGUGAACUUUUACUACUUUUGCGCUUCACCCACAGCUCAUUCGUCGUUUUAACGGUCGUCCGCUCAUUUUUAUUCUAGUCGUAUCAGUCUUACGACACUGUCAUCAUAUUUUGGGGUGGCCCGAAAAAAAUCUUUUUCCUUUUAUGUACACCAAGUUCAUCUAGAUUCUAGACGCGAGGGUCUCUCUAGACUCUAGAGAGACCUUCGCAAAUUUCAUUUCGUCCACAAUCACAUUAGUCAUCAAUUCAUUCCAUUUAUAUUUCAUUCCUCAUUUUCGCCGUCGUCGUAUGUCGAACGUAAGGCACAGUUACGGUAGUCGAUUGGAGCCUCAUUUCUCGCGGCAAGGGUUUUUGGCUUCGGCGUGCCUUCCAAUCCCCACCCCCCUCUAUUUUAAAGAAAAUUUCAAAGUAAUAUAGUACACGUAAAAUAUAUUAUUUAGAUAAUACGUUUUUUUAUUUUUUUUUUAUAAAUGUGCCGUUUGUAUUAAUUUAUUUUCGUUCACACCUACAUAACAAUAUAAUACCCUGCAUUUAUUAUGUUAUUAUAUUAUGUGGGUGUAUCGAAACAACAAAUUGCGUCAAAAUCGUUUGCGCACGCGCGUUUUCGUCGGAAAGCGGACGGUUUUUUUUUUUUGCCGGCCAACGGCUCCACGCAUCGUUUCCCCGGACAAUCGAGUACGUAACGAGUGUAACUAAACGUCCCGGUGGACGACAUACUUUUUUGUAUACUUAUAUAUUCUGUAUUUAUUAUGUAUGUAAUGCAACGCGGCAAACGGUACCAACACUAUUACCGUACGUACGUAAUUAUGUAUUACAUAUUAGGCGCGAUAAUUCCGUUUGUUGUCGGAUGCCGACGACAGGGGGCAACGGCGAUGAUGUCGAAAUCGGGAUUCGGACGCGUGACAUAACAAUAACAACAAUAACAAUAAUAAUAAUGCGUUGUUUUCACGGAUUUUCACGGCAUAACGCACCGUGGAAAACGCCGUAUUUCCACCCGAGGUGUGCGGCGGUUAUUAUAUAUGCGAUUUUUUUUUUUUUCUAUUUGCGUUUUUCCUCCUCCCGCCCGAAAAACACUCUGCGCGUAAUUAGUGUGAAUUUGUUGUGUCACUAAAAAUAGACACCCCGUACUAUCGAAUCUGUCGCUCAGGUGCCUGCCAAAACCGCAGCCGCGGCCUUUGAACGCUCAUGCCGAAUCGACAGCGGACGACGGCGAGUUCGCGUUCAGCGCGGACGACUCGGCGCUGUUAGUUAUGACCUGUUAUCUGACCUGAGCGUAUGAACAUUAUCUGUACCACUGCGUCCGGUUUUUUUGUUUUUUUUUUUUUGUUCCCGGUCGGGUUAACUUUUAAACGAGACACACGCGUUAUUGACUCGCGUCUGUUAUCGCACAAACUUUGAACUCGACCGCGUGAAAAUUCACGCGCACAAUCAUUAUUAUACACAGUUACAUUGUGGUGUGGAGGGGAAAGGGGAACCCCGAACCGUUUUCAUGAUUCGGCGGCGGAUAGGAGAAUUGGCGAAAAUGGGAAAUGCCAAAACAACUUUUGACGGAAACCGUUAAUUCGCGGUUUGCGCGCGCGUGUUAUUUCCGCGGUCGCGGUCGUCGCGAAAACGGCACACGCGGAACGGGUUAUCGAGAGGUCCGCGCCGACGACAACGACCUUGCAUCCCUCUGCCGGUCUUGACCCUGCGCAGAAACGCGUCUAAACCGGUCCGGUUCGUUUAGGCGGCGGCGGCGGCAGCGGCGGCGGCAUAACAAACUCGCGCGCGCCGUGCCGCCACGCCACAAAACCGCCGCCGCCGCCGUUCAGUCACAACCGUACUGUCGCAGCAGCGUCGCUCCGUGUUGCGCGCCGAACAUCGUGUUGCACGCCAGUCGCGAUCCGGCGUUCGAACGUCGAUCACUGUCCGCUGCCAUCGCCACCGCCGCCGCCGCCCCUUUUUUGCCUCGCGUCCGAUCGUGUGUCCGUUACACGCUUCACAACGAUUCGUCCGCCGAACAGUAAUAAGAAUUUUUUUUUUUCUCGUUUUUCUCGUUUUCCAAUCUCGUAUUAUUAACAACCCGUAUUAACAUUUUUUUUUUUAUUUUUUUUUUCUUCGACUCGAAUUUUGUAUACUGAGUUUUUUUUAUUUUUGUGAAUUCGCAGGUGACUUUUUUUAAGGUGAACACAUUCCUAUAAAUUCGCGUUCACGUUACGGCCGGCUCAACAAUGGUGGGCGUUUUGUCCGCAGUGCAAGGAUUUUUCGACAACUAUGGCGGUGAGUACCCAUCAUAUUAUAAUAAUAACAAUAAUAGUACCCUGUAGGUAUUUUUUUUUUUAUUUUUUUCCUUUCUCGAUUUCUGUAACCGCUCGAAUAAUUUUGCACGGUUCGCGAAAAAAAAAAAAAAAAACAAAUCCCCAUAACAGCGUGACAUUUUGACGAAAAUGUGUCCCGGGCUCUCGACGUUUUUAUCGCGUACCUGCCUAUUAUUACGUUUUCACGCGAUAAUACUGUUGUCAUUAUUAUUGCUUUUUUUUUUCUUCUGAACGACAGUUUCGUUAUUUAAUAACGAAAAAGUAAAUAAAUAUAAAUACUCAACGCGGAUGGAGGGGGGGGAGGGGCACACAAUCGCCGAUAAAUGUAAUGAUAUAUUUAUAACAUAUCGACGUUCGUUUUUUUUUUUUUUUCCCCCCCAAUUGUUUUUGUCGCUUCUCCGUUGAAUUCAAAUAAACGUACGAAAACUAUACAUUUAUUUAUUUUUUUUUUUCACCACUACUACUAUUACUUUUUUUUUUUUUUUUAAUAUCGCUACUGUAAUAUCUUCUCUACGCACGUAUUAUCAAUUAUUUAUAAUAUUAUUAAUGCACGUGAAAUUUAAUUUUCGUCGUCGCUCGCGUACGAAAACGCGAUAACAUUAUAAUAUUACAGUAUUUUACAUUUAGGUAAUUAUUAUUAUGCGUAAUUCGAGCGGCGGCGGCACCGGGUGAAUAUCUAAAAUGUUUUAAAUACUUGUCGAUAUGAUAUGUAUAAUGUAUAUAAAUAAUUUUUUUUUUUUUUCUAUACUUUAUAGUAGCCGUACCUGUUAAUACGUGUAAUAUACGUAUACGUAUAGUCGAAAUAAUAGAUUACGUGUAUUAUAUUAUUGUACCUAGGUGCCUACGUUUUUUUUUUUUUUUUUUUUGUCCCCCGAACCUCUAACCGCGAGUUAUUAAUUUUUAUUAGACACCUAAUAUUUUAUUAUACGGGCGACAAUCGUCCCGCGCCCGUGUAAAUCGCGAUAUCUGCGACGCGUAUAUUAUUAUGUGAAACGAUCGUAUUGUUGUUAUUGUAUCCGUUAUAUAUUAUAAUAUUAUCUACACCGGCGGCGCAAUCGUUUUUUUUUUUUUUUUCUAAGUUCGAGCCUGACGUCAUUACCGUACACGACGACGACGGGGGGAGAGGGCGCGUAACCCGAAAAUAAUGUAAUAUUUUAGUUCGAGGCUCGGACGUAGAACAGUAAAAAAAAAAACUCACGCGUACCCUCCCCGUCCUCCCCUUUAAUCUUAUACUGCGGUUUUUUUUUUUUUUUAUCGAAACGGUUAAAACGUGUCUGCAGUAGUUACCUAUCGAUUCGCGCAAUCGCCACGCGCUGCGGUACCCGAAGGGUAAAUAUUUUCCGGCGAUUACGUCACGUCGAUAUUCAUCCGAGUAUCUGUUCGGAUAAAAAAAAAAAAAAAAAGUUUGCCUUGUAUCGUGUGGACAAUACAGGAAACGGAUUUAUAUGCACUUAAAAUCCGUGAACAACGUCGAAAAACGGUCCUUAUAAGUUAUAAGAUACAAUUUUCUAACCUAUAAUAAUGAUAUACGCGGUGUUUUUUCAUUAUUACAAUACGUACAAUUUUAUUUUUUUCAAAAAUUCUUCGCGUUAAUCGCGUUUUUUAUUGUCGAAAAAUCGUAUUCAAUAAGUUAGAGCCGGUUAUAGAGGACGGGAUAGCUUUUAAAUCACUCUUCCGUUAUGGAUUUUUUUAAAAUGUUUUUUUUUUUUCGUUUAUAAACGUUUUAUUUUUCGCGGGUUUUAAGUUUGUUCGCUAACCUAGCGGUAUUACAUUAAAAUCAAAUUUACCGAACAAAUAUUUACACGCGGGUGAAUGCCCGUCACUCGUCACCGUCGGUCUUCGUUUAGUAAUGUAUUUAUAAUGUUAUGUUUUUGUUUUAUCUGUUUUUCGCGUAGAUUCUCGUACCAAAGACUGGUUUUUGAUGAGCAGUCCUCUGCCGACCGCUCUGAUAUGCGCCACAUAUGUUUUCACGGUCAAGGUCGCGGGGCCACGAUUAAUGGCCAACCGCAAACCCAUGGAGCUCAGAAACAUACUAAUUGCCUAUAAUCUAUUCCAAGUCAUAUUCAGUUCAUGGUUGUUUUACGAGGUAAGCUCGGUUACUUCGAUAAUAUUUUACAGACGAUGAAUAAUACAAAAUACCAAUAACAAUAACAAAACAUAAUGCGUAUGGGCACACACGUCGACAUCGAAAACGUUAACAGGGCCCCUAGCGGUGACGUUUUUCGUCUCCGUCUGUCUAACGGGCAGUAUAGCAAAAAUGUCUUUUCCACACACCUAAAACAAAAAUGAUUUCAUCAAAUUGAUGACCACGCGUUUAUUAAGUUUUCGCCGGGCUGGGUAUUUGUCGUCGACAUAUUCGUUGUACGGUUUUCUGUUAAGGCAAAAAAAAAUAUUUUUGUUUUUCAAGUUUGAAAAAUGGAAAAAUGGAAAAAUAUCUAUCCCUGCGAAACCGCAGUAAACGUCGUCGUCUUCCUUAACAACUCGGCGAAACAGUUUUCGUUUUGGGUUUGUGUGCGAUCCCGAGCACUGUUGAAAGUACGAGAACAUAUUUUUGCCAUAUUGACAGUUAUAGAUUUAUAGACAGAGAGGGCAAAUGUUAUUGUGACGCCCUCUUAAAGCGAUCGUUCGAGUUCAAUGUCCAUAUUUAUUAUGCGUACGCCUUACUUUGAAACCAUGUUUUUUUUUUUUUUUCGCGCUGAUACCCGCGAUAGAAAUGUUACAGUAUCGCGCAUAAUAUGCCGACACGUGUAGGCGAUACGUGUGUGAAUAUUGUUUUUUGAAGAUUGUCGCGCACGCGCUAUUUUUAAGCGUUCCGAUGAUCGCGUGUUAUUGUCGUGAAAUAAUAUUGUGUAAUGUAUAGAAUUACCGUAUAAUAGUAUAACAGAUGCAUAGACGAAAAAGAAAAAUCGAAAAAAUACGUUAUUGGAGUCUGACGAAUUUGUUGGGACGCGGAAAUCGAGUGUUAAACGCCAAAGUUUUUGCUGCGCGGGUGUAAAUGGGCGAAAGCGAAACAGGUUAUGAAAAACUGCAGGGUGAGGGAGUUUUUUUUUUAAACUGUACAAUAUACGUCUUAUACUCCGAAAACCGUGAAAUAAAUUUGAACGAAUAUUAUAAAAGCUUACUGUAGUUUUUUUUUUUUUUUAAGAAUCAUCGUAACAAACUAAUAAUCCAGUCAUAUUACUAUAUUACAACUUAAAUUUAAUACAAUAUUAUUUUUUCAUUUUAGCACACAAGAAUUUAGUUUUCAGUGAAAUGUUCACGGCUAUAAUAUUAGUACAUAUUAUUAAACUAUUUAACAACAAAUUGUUUACAUGUUUUGUUGUGUCUUAAGGUAGAUUACGCUUGCAAAACGACGAUAAAAAAUCGUUUGUAAUUCAUUUAGUUUUAUUGUUUUUUAUUUAGUUUUUAUUCAUAACAUUCAUCAUCACGAAUAGAACAUUAUUAUGCUUUCAUAUCUUUAUCGUAUGUAUUAGUAGCGGAAUAAUAUGGAAGUGUGAUCCGUUUUAUAGCGUUCAGUGUUAAAUUUGGUGGAAUAGGACAAUUUCAUCAAUAGUAUAGUAGGGUGUAAAAUACACACCCACACACACACACACACACAUACAUACACACACACGCGCACACAACAAAAAAAUUAAAACAUAAAUUAUAUAAUUAAAAAAAUAUUAUUAGGCAUGAUGUAGAAGAGAGAGCGAGACUGGUCGGUCCGAUUUUUACGAAUUUUUUUUUAUUAAAAAAAGGAUUUUUCCAUUGUUGCUUCGAGACAUAAUUUAUUGUAUUAUGUGAAAUAUACUGCAGUAAAGCAUCGACAAAAGUAUUAAUUCCGUCCUUAAUUGUAUCGAUAUUUAUUAAAUAUAAAAAAUCGGUGUUUUUUUUUUUAGAGUAGUUAGUGGAGUAAAAGAAUUAGAGAAUUCGUUUUACAAUCAAAUCUUUAGAUUUAUUUUACAGCGGUUUAAACAUUCCGGAAGGUUGUCAAUUUCGCCAUUUCCGAAAUAAACAGUUCUCAAUUUUUUAUAUACUCCUUGUGUUUCGGUUUUCAUUUCGUUCAUAAUCUUCAGAGUAUAACGAGAAAAUGCGGAACACUGAAGCUGCGCGAAUGAUUUUCUUCAAACGCUUUAGCCACUGAACAUUAAUACCUAAUGCGUGGCCCCUCAAAUUUUCGGGAAUUUGAUAAUUUUCACACGAGUCCCUGCAAGAGCAGAUCGUAAUAUUUUGAACAUUACUCGAGUAGAGUAUUUUCGUGUUUUGAGUAUUACUAUUAUAAUUUUUUUUUAAAUAUCUAAUACAAAAAUCAUUAAAAGAAAAAAAAACGUUUGGCGGCUUCACACAGUGUCUCUGACAUAAAAUACAUACAAAUAGUAUUCGACCUGCGGCUAACUGACUUGUAGCACUACACCAACCAGUCUUGUUUUUCUCAAUAGGUAAAAUAUCGGUAUAGUACAAUGUUUAGACGUGUACGCCGCUGGUUUACGUGUUUGAUGAUUUCACAAAAAUCUCACCUACAUCAGUCUAUCUAUUAAUAUUACAUUUGUACGUAUAGAUAAAAUAAAUUGAAUGUUAAUAUUUUUCUACGAUUUGUAUACUUGAUGUGGGCAUUAUAAUAUUGCAGUGUAUGAUGGGCGGCUGGUGGGGUGAAUAUAGCCUCAGUUGCCAACCGGUAGAUUAUACGAAUAAACCGUCGACCGUAAGAGUAAGUUGACAAUGUAAAAAUAAUAAUUCUUCAUCGAUAAUAUUUUGCGGAUUUGAUAAAAGUCAGCCUCGUGUACUUGACACAAUUACUAUAUAUUUUGUACCGCGAGUGGGGAGGGGGUGGGCUAGGGUGGGGUUGUUACACUGACACUCGUGCAAUCGAUUUUUUUUUUUUAAUAAAAAUAUAAUAAUAUUAUGCAUUUUAGGAAUUUAAAUUAUAAAGAAUUCGAUUCUUAUCAUUAAUCCACCAUUAAAUUAAUAUAGAAAAAAAAAAAUGAAAAAAAAACGGUCAUUUGGGUAAGUAAAAACUAAUACAGUACGCUACAAUACAAUAGCUUUUCGGUAUAAUUGCAUGGUGUAUAUUAUUCAACAUUUUUAAUUAUAUCCUCUGGAUGUGAAAAAAAAAAAACUACGAAUAAUGUUCGGGUUAAUAUACAAUUACAUAUUUUAUUAACACUAUAAUAAUAAUAAUAUUAUUAUACACAUUGUACAUAUUCUUCUGGCUGUAUACUAUAUAGUACAUAUUAUUUAUAACACGUACCUAACAUAACAUAACAUAAUAUAACAUAACAUAACAUAACAUAACAUAACAUAACAUAUCAUAUCAUAUUAUCAUAGCAUAUAGAGUGGCGUAUUUAAGUGCAUUUUUCGAAUAAUAGAGACACCACGGUGUAAUAUUUUUUUUUUUUUCCAAACACUUAUAAUCUCGACGAUUAUAAUCGAUAUUAUGUUUCUUAAACACGCCAUCGAUAACACAUAACAUCAUAUAUAUAUAUAUAUCCGUAUUUUAAUAUCGGAGUACAUAUUGAUAAUAGCUAGCGUUAUGUACACACCAAUAUAUUAUUAUUAUUAUUAUUAUUACCGGACCCGUUAAUGUUAUUUGUCGAAUCGUCGAAAAAACACACGUGCAAUUUUAUUUUUCAAAUCAAGACCAAUCGUCGUCGUGAGACAUUGAGCGCGCAGAAUAUAUUGUAAUAAUAUAUAGUGUGCGGAAAUCAACGUUUUUAUAUAUAUAUAUAUAAAAAAAAAAUAUAUAUAUAUUUGUAGUAUGUAUUUCAAGAAAAAAUAACGAAAACCCCAUAUUUUGCGACGCGCGUUUACUAUCACGUUUAGAAGGUUUUGCUGCGAAUGGUUUUUUUUUCUUCUGAAAAACGCUCGUGUAACGCAAUAUGACAAUAUUAUUAUUAUAUAUUGUUAGUUUUUUUUUUUUUUUAAUGCUGGGUUACGGUGUAUAUUCGUUAUUAUUAUAUUAUAUAAUCAUACACGGAACAACUUGUACAUUAUAUAUGUAUGUUAUUGUUACUAUUGGUUAUUGCAUGCUUCUUCGAGCAGUAUAAUAAUAUUAUAAUACACUCAUUUGGCAAUAUAUAUCUUUUAUUGCAUUACGGUUCCUAAAUAUUAUUGUAUACUCGUAUGUUUGUCAAAUAUGACGUACAAAACGGUAUCGGCGUAUCGGUUAUAAGGUCGUGUGAAACCGUGUUCAACAAUAAUAACAAUCGCAAUCGUUGUUGUUGUCUUGUGUCGGACAUAAACGGGAUCCGUUCGAGUCUCCCCGGGUGAUAAGAGAGAAAAAAAAAACGGUCGGGAAUGGGGUCAGAUACCGUCUGAUAAGGAAAACAAAAAUUAUGGAACGUUUAACCUCGGGUAUUUCAAUAUAUCGCUUCGUAUGAGGCUUUCGCGAACUCAUUCGAAAAAUAAUAAACUCGGAUUUUUUCCCGAACGUUUGGUUAACGAUUUCGUUUUAUCUAUAGCGGGUUUCACUGUUCGAGUCUCCGAAAAAACGCGAUCCUUGUAUAGGUAUACGGAUUUCGAAACGCACCUGCAGUUAUUCUCGUCUAAACUCCGAACCGGACGAUAUUCAUGAGUAACCGAACGCUCUAUAGGUGUUUGGCGGUUGAAAAACCACGUCGGGUGUAGUAAAAUAUAAGGUGUAGGGGCGAAAGGCAAAAGCCACGGCGAUGGUGACCCGACAUUUCGAAGUAUUACUAUCAUGAUCGUCGUCCGGGGUCAGCUUUAAAUUCGUACCGAUAAUAAGUUCUAAAUAGUAUUUUCUUUUGGUUUUGAGGUUAUGUUUCUAGUAUGUUUCUUAUCACCAGCGGAGAAGUGAUAUUUUUCCGGUACAGAUACACUCGCGGAUUCGUUUAAUUGUGGAUAUAGCAUGUCGAUUAAAUUGUUUUUACGGAGUCGGUUGCGCAAAUAUAAUACAUGUAAAAGCAUAUUUAAUAUAAUAAAUAACCUGCAACGGGUUUUCGGAAUGGGAAAAUGUAAAUGCAUAUUUAAUAUAAUAUAUACGGCUGUAAAGAUCCUCACUCGUCCUUUAAGGCUUAAGUGCCAUUGGUUAUCGUCCGGUAAAUUAUAUGUUUUCUGUGUGAUAUUAUAAUUCUAUAAAAUAAUAUUAUGUAGAAUUUCGCAGAUUUAUGUGCCUAUAAAAUGAUGUAAGCAUGGGAAUUUAAAUUCCAAAACGUUCAUUGAAAAUGAGAAAAUGUUGAAAAUUAUUGUGUUGUUUUUAUCAUAAGCGUAAUAGUUAAAAGUAAUUGAGCCGGUAACUCAUUUACAGUGAAUACCGCGAAUAACUCAAAACUAGUAUUUUGUUUGUUUCAAUUUGAUAAUUUCGUGCCCUGGCAUUUCAUCGAUUAAUGGUUGGAAAAUAUUCAAACACUCGUAUACUAAUAGAGAAUGAAAAUAAUUCAUAAUACAGCAUAGGAUAGUUCCUUUUUUUUGUUAUUACGUACCUAUAUAUUAUAAAACCGAUAAAAUGCAGUCAUUUUAACUGUAUUGGUAACACGUGAUACUAUUCACUAGAAAUCCAUUUGGUUUGAAAACUUAAUCAAUUUUCGACAUUUUCCACUCUUCGACAAUUUCCUUGAAAAUUUACAUCACUAUAUUAUAGUAUGUAAAUCUAAUACGAGUAUUAUUAUCGAUACAAGAUCGACAGCAUGGUUUUAAAGAGAUUUAUAUUUCGGAUUAAACAGAAGAAAAACACGGUUUUCGUCUAUUUGAACUAAGCAAAAUAAUACCCUUUACGGUUAAAACUAACAACAAAGAAAAACCUAAACUUUAUUUCGGGAGUAACAACUUUACAGGGUUGGAUCAAUCCUCGAUCAUUGUAUCGGAAAGUAUUAUGUUUUUUUUUUUUUUUUUCUGGAAAACGUAUGAAAUAAGCAGCUUUACAGUUUUAGAUUUGUGAUUUUUAUAUCAUUCUAUUUAUUGAGAGGGAAAUCCCACUACCCACUUUUGAUAUUCAAAUAGCGACCUAUAUUUACAAUUCCAUAAAUAGAUGGAGUUUUAUUUGAAAUACAUUUUGGUGUUGAAUUUUUCAAUUUCCAUUAACCCAUUAACGGGAUAUUUGUCUUUAAAGUUUGGAUAGGGGAAGGGGGAGAGAGUAAUGGAGCAUAAUUUGUGAGGCAGCGUGGUGCGUGACAUUUGAAUAGUGCUCUAUUACUCUCUUACCUAUUCAAAUAAAAUUGUAAUAUCUCGGCAUCUGGUUAACGGAAAUUAAAAAUUUCAUUACAAAAAUGUAUUUCAUCUAAAACAUGAUCUAUUUAUGGAAUUUUCAAUACUUGAAAAUCAAUAGUGAAUAGUUGUUUCACCCCCAAAAAUAAGGGGGAAAAAAUAACGCUAAUGUAACAUUUAAGAACUGCUUUUUUUCCGAUAUCGAGCAAAAAAAAAAAAAUCCGAAAACGUCUAUACUUUUUGAGAAUUUUAUCAAGGAUUGAUCAUGUGUAUGAUUUAAUAAUUUAUUGUUGAGCCAUAAUUUACGCACAAUAAUGCUAUAUUAUACUAUUUACCUUUAUACGAUUAAUAUGUUUUAUGUAAUAUUUUAAAUGUAAAAGUUGUAAAUUAUUUUUGGUGGUGGAUUUUACAGAUUGGAAUGUCAGGUUGGUUGACGGGGAGAUAUAAUUUCCGGUGUGAACCGGUAGAUUAUUCCAAUCAUCCGAUGACUGUGCGGGUGAGUUAGCAUGGCAAAAUAUAAUAUUGCGUCGUUUUUCACAUUUUUUUUUUUUAACCUUAUUUUAUGAUGACGGUAGGUAUGUAUGUCAAUUGCACAAACCGCAAUCAUAUAUUUUUUUAACUUGUUUUAUUUUUUAAUUGUUCAAAUUCUGAGCGUGGUGAGGAAUGUAUAUUAGUUUUCCCAUAUAUAUUUACGGGUUUUUUUUUUUUUUUGUUCAGUUUCUCCUAUCUGUAAACAAUUUUUCUAUCAUAAAUCUUGCUUCGAUCAGGGGCAGUUUCUAGUUAGUGCAUUAGGGAGGUCAUUUUUUUAUUUUCUUUGUAGUUUCGUGUUGACGGGGAAAUAAUCGGAAUUUUUACGUAAUAACGUUUUCUGUUAAUUUCGAUCUUAUUUUUAUGUUGUAAUUCAGUGAGAAAUAUUUAUAGAGACCAGACAUUUUCACCAAAUCAGAUGUAUUUUCUAGACAUGAUAAAAUUUUCAAAAUAUCCCGGUGUUUAUAGGUAGUUACAAUAGUAAUAAUUAUUAUUAAAUAGUUUUUACCUUUAUAGUGAUAAGACUAAUUGAAUUUAUGAAAAAAUAUCCUAACCGAACUUCGCUCAGAAUCAUUUUUAAUUUGCAGUGAUGUUUCGUUGCGUGUACAGAUAUAAAUUAAAUUUAAAAUGUACAUCCACUUUCCCUACUUCCCAACUAUAACAAUGGCCCAUCCACGGUGUGAUGAAUGUUAGCUUUGUGUAUUUUUUUUUGUUUUGUUAAAUUUAAAUUUACGUUUUUAUUAUUUUUUUUUUUUCCGGUGUGUCAAGUUCCGUGGUUUUCUUUUAAUGGAUUUAUAGAAUAAUUAUAAUAUAAUGAGGUUUUUAGUUUAUAAUAUUUGUAUUAUUAUUGUUGUACUAAUACGCGUUUUCUGUUUUCGGGCGACUAAAUUAUAGAUGGUCAACGUAUGUUGGUGGUAUUAUUUUUCCAAAUUCACUGAAUUCAUGGACACGGUAAUAUUCCGAAUUUCACGUCGAUAAAAAAAAAAAAAAGACGUUUUUUAAAAAAAAUAUAUCAUUUAAACUAUCGUCAUUUUUAUAUGUUUUCCGUGUGUUGUGUGUGUACGAAUAUAGAUAUUCUUUGUCCUCCGCAAAAAGGACAGACACAUCUCGACUCUGCACGUCAUUCACCACGGAGUUAUGCCAAUGAGCGUAUGGUUUGGAGUUAAGUUUACACCAGGUAACAUAAGCAAACGGCUGAUUAUUAUUUUUGUAUUAUUAUUGAUGCCCACGUGUGUUGUUUUCAUCUUACAAACGUAUUACGGCACAGCCAAUUUGCAUGUAGCAGGGACGACAUUAUACUGUUAGUUUUAAUAUUAGAGUGAAUUGACAUAUUAUCGAAUUUAAAGAUAAGAACAUUUUUUGCGCAAUAUUGGCGCUAUUGUUUUCGUUAUUAUAAUUUUUAAAGAAACGAGACGAGGCGAGAGAUAUAUCGUGAAACAUCACGAUUUAAUAACGCUUGUAUCUCGCCGGGAAAUAGAAAUAUCGAAUAAAUAGUGUCGACGAUGCGCAGAUGUUUCUUAUCUUUAAGUUUGAUAGUGGAUCAAUUUUAUUCGGUUUUAAAAUUAACCGUACAAAGUUGUCGCUACAAAUUCGCUAUGUCGUACGUUUGUAAGACGAAGAUACUUAAGAGGACUUCUAACAGUAACACUUUCUGUCUGUCUAUCGAACGGAUAGUAUUUUAGCAAAACCGUAUUUUCUUACUUCCAAUAGUACACAUAGAUUUAAUCAACUUAUAAAAAUGAUUUCAUCGAAAUAUUUCAGCCUUUAGGCCACGCCGUUUAUUGCACUUUAAUAAAGAUAUUUUUUUUUUUUUCAUGUAUCCAAUUUACAAUUUUCUAUAAUGAUAAAAAAUAUUAAAAAACGAAUUGUAUUUAAAAGUUUAAAGUACAAGUAUAGAUUAUCUGGGAACUAAAUAUAAAACAAAUCUCCACGUAAAAUCGUAUAGUAAUAAUAAUUAUGUUGUCGUCUCCAAUUUGGCGAAGUAAUUAUUGUUCUGAGUCUCCAAGAUGUCGCAAAGUACUGUUGGAAAUACGAAAACACGUUUUCGCUAUAUCGACCGUUCAGAUGGACAGGGGCGGCAAAUGAUACUGUUGCGCCCUCUGAAGGAGAAUUAGUUUUAAUUUUUUUCCACUUGCCGCAGUAUAAUAAAUUAACGAUCCGGCCUCCGGCGUAUAAUACCGCCGUAGAAUUAUUAAUAUUUAAUAUCGCGUGAGACGAUAAAUAUUAUGCGAGGUUCACGAUGACGGGAUUGCCGCCGGCGAUGACCUUUACCGAGACACUCAAAUAUCGCCAAACUUCCCGGUCGCGUACGAGAUCGCGUGUCUUUUUAUAAUAAUAUACUCGCGUCGACCGUUGCGGUGUUCCGAAUUUCCGAGAGGAUUGUCUAUAGUAUUAUUUAGAUUUUUUUUCCGUUUUAACUAUACCCGGCGAAAAAUUCAAAAUCACGCGUUAAAUUUGAUAUUUAUCGUUAACAAAAUUGUAUUCGUUUAUAUUUUUAGAUUUAAAUACGAUGCGUUUGUGUUUUUUUUUUUUUUUUUUGCCUGAAAAAUGCUUUUUCGGUUAGGUGCUCCGAGUAUUUUCCACGCGACAUCCCGAAAGACGCGGAAUUUCUGCCCGUUGUUACUUAAAAUUAUUCGAAUCGUACCUAAUUGAAAUGAUGCGGUUUCUUAUCGCGGUAGUACAUUUUUUUUUUAUUUUUGUAUUAUAAUAUCGAUCCGUGUUCGAUUUUUGCGUACAGGUGGCCAUAGCACGUUCUUCGGUCUCCUCAACACUUUUGUACACAUCAUCAUGUACGCGUACUACAUGCUGGCCGCGCUCGGCCCUCAAGUACAAAAAUACCUGUGGUGGAAGAAGUAUUUGACCAGUUUGCAAAUGAUUCAGUUCUUGGCCAUUAUGGUCCACGCUUUCCAACUGUUGUUUAUCGAUUGCAACUAUCCAAAAGCGUUCGUCUGGUGGAUCGGCAUGCACGCUGUCAUGUUCUUUUUCCUGUUCAAAGAAUUCUACAAACAACAAUACACCAAACCGUCGAAACAAAAGGUAAAUAUGUACUUUUUUUUAAAAAAAAAAAAAAAACAAAAAAUAUAAUACGCGUUGUCAGUGUUGACCCGUGCUCAGAAUGGUUUUUCGUUAGCAACGAUUGAUCGUUGCGUACAGAUAUAAAUCAAAUUGUCCCCCUCUACCUUCCCAACAUUUCAUCUGCAACGGCGAUGGCCCGCCCAACGACGUGUGAAGUGUAUAUAUACAUGUGUAUGGUUUUUAAUAAUAAUAAUAAUAAUAAUAAUAAUAAGACGCAGUAGGUAUACGGGACGAGCUGGCCUCACCCUUCCGACGACGCCCUAUCGCUCGUCCGUCUGACGGGGUUUAUUUAUUAUGUUUAUUUAUUACGCGAGCGCGCGCGCGUCAACCUUUAAGUGCCGUUCUCGCCGACACAAGAGCUUUCGUUAAUCCGAUUUCCAAACCGAUUUUAUGGCCGAUACCCGACCGCGAUCGGUCGGUCAUCUUAUAAACUCCGUUUGAAAAUCAACGUUGGUGAGAACGGGCGCCGCGAGUGUGUAUACGUAGGUACACUAAUCGCGUCGGAUACGCACGGGAAAGGCGGCGCGCGACGAUCACGUAACCGCGGUCGCGGUCGUGUUUAGCCGUAAGUGUGUCGUCGAUUUCUCGUUACGCGAGAACCGCGGCUCGUCACGGGCACAAAACGACCGUGUGUGCGUUGCGAUCGCCGCCGCCGUCUUUUGUGUGUACGGUUUUCGGCCGCUCUUCGUAUUAUUGUCUUCUGGUUUUUUUUUUUUUUCUUUACUUUUCUACUGCGCAUACAUCCGGUUGAUUUCGCGGCGUUUGCACCGUCGCCCCGGGCGCGCCGCUAAUAAAAAUCAACAUCAUAAGUACCUAAAAUAAUAAUAACGACAUUAUAAUCUCGUACCGCGAACGCCGGAUUAACGCUGUUCGCGCCCGAUCGUUUUUUUUUUUUUUUUUUUUUUUUUUUUUUUAUUGUUAUUCUACGCCUCUUGUGAUUUUCAAAAAAUCUCACNGUGUACGGUUUUCGGCCGCUCUUCGUAUUAUUGUCUUCUGGUUUUUUUUUUUUUUUUUUUUUUCAUUUUUAAAAUCGGUCGAUUCGUCGUGCGCGCAAAACGACGACGACAACGAAAACAAUAUAAACGCUGUUGCGUCACCCGUCCGGAACGGUAGCCAAGUCUAACGGUGCGAUCGGCGAUAACGCGCACGGCAUUCUUUUCGUCCGGGGGACCUUGCGAACGACGCGGUAACGACCGACGCGUCUUGUCCAUACCAAUACGCCAGUUCCACCCCGCCCAUAGGUACACCGGUGUGAUAAUAAUUGUAACGCGCGACACAUUAUCGCGUUAUGCGACGCGAACCGCCGGGGUUUUUUUUUUUUUAAUCGAGUUUCGAACCGAACCGCCGCCGUCGCCCCGGGGCUCUUUGAAAUCUCGGCAGCAAACGCUCUCGCCGCGAGCUCGCGGCCGUUUUGUCGCGACUCGCCGGCGCGAUUUCCUCCGAAAGUGUCCGCGGGAUCGAGCGAACGUGUCUCGGGUUGUUGAUCGGCUCUGCUGUGACCCGUCGGGCACCCCCCCGAGAACGAUUGACUCUGGCUCUCGGCCUUUGCCGGCCACAACCUUACCCGACCUAACAUGCCGCGUCCGGGCUUCCGACGAAAACGUAUCGAACGACGACGGUUAUUUAAGUCCUUUGUGGAGCGCUUUGUUUGUUUUUUUUUUUUUCAAAUAUUUUCCCGGUCGUUUCCCGGCCAGGUUCGUUAUCAGCCGAUUUACGCGCGCGCACCGCGAACCACGAACCGAGAUCUGUCGAAGAUGCCCCGCGAUUCUUAUAUAUUUGUACACGUUUAUUUUUUUUUGUUUUUCAAAAAUAAUAAUAAUAAUAAAAAAAAACAUUUGUUCCCUCGAUUUUAUUUCUCAUUAUCCUAAACCUUCUCGGAUACGAAAUGUCGGCACGACAAACGGCGUUUACACAAUACUGCAGUAUAAUGACGAGUCGUUGAUUUUCUACCAUUGUUGAUAAUUUGAAUUAUUGUUUUCGUCGUCACCGGUUUGGUCUAUGGAAUCGCCGUGUUUCGUGUACGGGAAUAACAUUUCCGUGGACUUCGAGAAAAUAAUUAUCGUGGGAAAUUAACGACUCCGUGAUUACCGGUGUAAAUAAUUUGGCAUUUUUUUUUUAUUUUUCUUUUCUCAAAAACGGAUUCGAUAAAAUUUCUAUUUUGGAUUCGGCGAACAAAUUAAAUAUUUCGUUUAUAGCCCAGACAAAAAAACAAAAUACGUAAUAGAUAAUAUAAGAAUCGUAGCGCCUUGGGCAUUAUGUAGUAGGUACGAUAAUUACUGUAUGUAUAUAAAAAAAAAAAAAAACAAAAAUAAACAAUAACACAAACUCAAUGCUUUUUGAACAAGGACAAACAGGAUUUGUUUCCUAACAGGCGUGUGUGUGGGGGGGGGUUGUGUGAAAUUCUUCUCUAGAGAGGAAUUUAGAUACCAUAUUAAUAUAAGCGCGAUAUAGCGACGAUGAAAAAUUGUAAAGUUUUAAAUUAUAAGAUGCGCGAAUUUACCAUAUAUAUAUACAUGGUAAAUUUAAAAACGAUUUAUCUCGUGUUUUCACGUUAACCGACGGGAAGAGGCGUGUGAGAUUUUUUGAAAAUCACAAGAGGCGUAGAAUAACAAUAAAAAAAAAAAACUAAAAAAAAGUUGGGAAACACUGUUGUUGUGAACGGUAUUGGUGUGGUAACGACGCGGCGACACUCCGGCGACGACGGCGCUGUGACAUUGGCGAGGACCCGACGCGAAUCGUUAAACUGGUUGCCCCCCCCCCGGUAUAAUUGUCCGCUCACCUUUUCUCAUUCCCUCUCUCUCACUCUCUCUCUCUCACUCACUCACUCGCUCAUUCUCGCUCACUCUCACUCUCUCUCUCUCGAUCCUCGUCCCCCGGCCCCGUCGUCGUGCCCGACACGCUCUCUCUUUCACCCGUCGUACUUGUACUUUUCGUCGUCCGUGAUGCACGCGCAUCACACACGCGCGUACGAUAAAUAUAUACGUAAUAAACUAGCUGACCCGACCACGCUUCGCCAUUGCCAGACACCCGCGGUGUAAAUAACAUUAACAAUAAUGGUUUUCUCGUCCGUGACAGCCGAAUCGCGGUAUCAUCCACGUCGCCGAGGUAACCCGCGAACAUACAAAAACAUAAACACAAAUAAACGAUUGCCGUGUUCGCGCCGAAAACGCGUAAACAAAAAAAAAAAAAACAAAACGAAAACCCUGUUUUAUUACACCCUCCCUUUCGGGGGGUACGCCCGAGUCGCUAUAGCCAUCCGUUUGCCGAAUUUCAGCGCGAUCAUAUCCUGCGCGGCGGUUCUGGGCUAGGCGGCGACGAAUCGGCCGGGGCAAUUUGUCAUUUUAUACAAAUCUAUAUACAAUGCAUUUGGGGGGAUAAUGCGUGUCCUUGGUCGGUUGACCGAUUCGUCGUCGCGCAGCCCAAAUCACCGGACGAAUUCGGACGUACAAACGGGGCUAUUAUACGACGUGGGCGUCCGAUAAGAAGGGAAGAAGGGAAUUCAACUACCGAGGGGUCGAAAUGUGGGUUUCUAGGUAUUUUCGGUGCGAAUAUCUAAUUGUUUAUUCGCGGGUCUCCCGGGCGAUUCGGUCGUCGCGUAUUCAAGAAAACUAUUAUUAUUAUUAUCAUCUCGUAUUAUUACUGUUAUUUGCACUGUUAUCUAGCGAAUCAUUGCCGGGUCAGCUAGAAUAUACACGCGUACUACGGAUAAUAUAUUUGCGGCUUAACGGAAUCGCGCGCGGUGUACGACAGAGAACGGCCGCGGGCGUUUAUGUGCACCGGAAAUGGCGAAACACGCCGAUCGUUGUGGUCUUAACGAAAAAUCGAAAUUCGUUGUUCGGUCCCCUCACCCCUCGCCCCUCCCCCCACACACACACACACUCCCUCCCCCGAUGUAAGUGAUUAGUUUUGAGCCGGGUGGCGACUUUUUUUCACGCGUAUCGUUUCGUUCCCUCCCUCCCUCCCUCUCCACUUCGAUUGAUAAACAUAACAAUAUCGUAUAACGUUUUUUUUUUUUCUCCAUUUAUUUUCUUUGCUCCGCAGGUCUCCGAUUCGUCGAAGCCCACGGCCAACGGUUCGUCCAAGUCGGCGAACGGUUACAGCAAACAAGCGGACUACUACAUAACCGGGAACGGGCUGUCCAGGCCCGACCUGGUGCACAGGGCCACGGCCGGAGCGAACUGACAGCCGCCGCCGCCAUCGACGACGAUGACGACGGCGACGACGACGACGGCGGGUCGCCGUGGCCGCAGACGACGACUCCUCCGCCGCCGUCAACGACACCAUUGCUCAAAUUCGCCCGAAAAUACAACUAUACAAUAACGGAGGAGACUAUAUUAUUACGUAUAUGUAUAGUGUAUAACAAUAAAUUAUGGUCUAGGUAUACAUAUAUAUAUGUAUGUAUGUAUGUAUGUAUGUAUGUAUGUAUGUAUGUAUGUAUUAUUAGGUAAUAUUAUGCGAUAGUAACGGUGCUACGCGGGCGCGCGGGGAAAAUGUCGCGACGUUCAUAAUCAUCAGUGUGGUCGUGUCCCGUACCGGCGAAACGGGACGGGGGGGCGGCUUUCGCGGGCCCGUCGUGUGUCGUGUGAAAUGCCGUUUACACCGAACGUCCCGCCGGAGGACGACGGGGCGCGCGCCACGCGGAUUCGGACCGGCCGAGACGUUGGGGGCGAAUACGCGUGCGGUGUAUUGCUGCGCGCGGCCGUGUUUUCGGUGUCCCGGGACCGUUUCGCGCGGGAGCGACGACGGCGGCGAAUCGACGCCGGGUGGAGAUUCGGGGCGACAGUAGAAAAAUAAAAAGACCGCGUACCCCGUGAAUACGGACAACAACGGGGUACGUAGACGUGCGAUCGUGUCCCGUCGGUUUCGUUUCGUCCCGGCCCGGCGACACAACGGCUCUCAACGGUCUCGUAAAAAUUCCCGAUUUCACACGACGCGAGUGUCUCUCUUCUCUGCUUUUAUCAUUCUUAUUUUCCCUCUCGUUUCCUCCGUCUCGCUUCCUACGACGUGUGUCUGCUCCUUUCGCACCGCACCCGUGCCCCGUCCGUCACCAUUGUUUACGCCGCGUACGCGCGACGCGAUAUUCCUGUACGUUUUCGACAGCGAUCUUUCCCUCCCUCCCCCCUCGUGGCCCGCCGCCCGCACCCUGCGAAUCCCCACACCCCCGGCCAUCGGCCCUCCGACAGACGGACGCGCGCGCGUUAUAAUAUUUCCGUUCGAAAUGUCCGUCGGUCGUCGGACAUUCUCCGGUAUUCGACCUGUUCGGCGAAACGGCCGCGACGUUAAACAAUAUUCCGACCGUUCGGACAACGCCUUAUACGUAUAAUAUGUAUGUGUGUGUGCGCGUGUGUGUAAAUACGUACUCGCGUUAUAACACGCGAGCGUGUGUAUGACGUACGGUACGUAUCGGAUACAUAUCGUUUGUAUUGCUCACCGCGCGUGUUACUGUUGCAAAGUGUUGCCCGUAAGCGUUUGUUACACUGUAUAGGUGCGUAUAAAUACGUCGUUGCGUUAUUGUAUUGUGCGUGUCGUUUACCGCGCGGCAAUAACAAUUCCGCCGGUCGGGUUCGGGCGGUCUCGUUUUUUUGUUGAUUUCCCCCACCCCGCCCGCCAAUUGGCGUUACGCUCGCCCGAGCCGCGUAAACGAAAAUAAAUAACAUUUACGCGCGCGCGCGCAAAUAAAAACCCCGCGGUUAUUUUACCGCCUAUUUAUUUAUUUAUUAUUUUUUUUUUUUUUCGAAUUUUUUUCCGUUUCCCGUUAUUUUCUCACAGUGCCCCCCCCUCCCUCCCCCCCGAACUAUUAUUUGUCGUCGCUAUUGUUUAUAAUAUUAUCCGCGAUCUUCACUAUUAUUUGGAGACCGAUACAUAUAUAUAUAUAUAUAUAUAUAGCUAUAAUUUAUUUUGUAUGAUGUGUACAUAUAUAUAUAAAAAAAAAAAAUAUACAUAAUAUAUGUGUUUUUUUUUUUUUUUUUUUUUAUCAUUAUUAUUACUUAGAAGUUGUCUGUCUAUUAUAAUAUUAUUGAAAUUAUUAAAAAAACAAAAAAAAAAAAACGUGUGUGCGUUAGGUGUUGGAAAUUAAAACAGUCCGCAUAUCACUGCAAAAAAAAAAAAAAUUGUAUUUUUUACGCGUAACUCGGUAUUUUUAUUUCGUUUUUUUUUUUUUUUUUUUUUUUUACCAACGUUGUAAAAUGUGAUACCUCUAAUGUUUUAAUUUAAUUUUUUUUUUUUUAAUACAAUAUUAAUGUAAUGUGCGUAUAAGAUAUUGUAUAUAAUAUUCAAAUUGUACGUGAUUGUUGAUUAUUAUUUUGUACGAAACACGGCCGUCGAGUGCCUUAGUAUUUUCUGUUUUUUUCUGUUUUUUACGGGACCAGUGUAAUUACCAAUUAAGAGAUAAUUAGUAUACAUAAUAUAUUAUACAAUGAUAUAAUUAUUUACGUUUACGUUGCGAAUAAUAUUAUUAUUGUAUAUGCACUCUGCGUCGUAAAAAAAAAAAAAAAAAAAAAAAACGAUCGUUAUUCGAAUAAAAACAAAAGUUGUCAGGUAUUUUCACGCGCGCCAGACCGUACACGAACAAAACCGAUACCGACGGACAGCACCGUUUUGAUAAUUACGUUAUUAUAAUAUACACAUAUAGACACACGCGAUUUUUAACUAAAACAGUAAAUAAAUAAUAAUAAUGAAAAAAAAAAAAUACAUUAUUAAAACGUUAUUUAAAAAAAAAAAAAAAAAACCGCGGUCUUCGUCGCAUAAUUUGUGUUUGUCUUCGUACAACGUGCAAUACAUUAACAUCGCGUCGCCUCCGCCCGAACAAAUUAUACAAUUAUAACAACCGUGUAUUGUAUUUUUGUAGGCAUCACCCGCCGUGUAAUUAUAACAAUAAUAAUAAUAAUAAUAACGUAAACGACCUUGCGCAAAUUUUUUUAAUAGUUUUUUUUUUUUUUUUUUUUUUUUUUUAAAUAUACUAUUUAUUUAUUAUAUUUCUUUCGCGAUGUACGCCACACUUAUGCGUGCGUGCGUACAGUAUAAUAUUAUUGUUGUCGUAUAGCUCGCGUACCGCAUCGUCGUAACAACCGUUUCCACACACACACACACACACACACACACACACCCUUCCCCCCUUUACACUCCUCCCUGCAAUUUUAUAUAAGAACCAUUCGCGAAUUCGUAAUUUGUUUUGUCGAUACCGCGUGUUCCGCGCGCGCGAAAAUCUAUCCGUCGUCGUUACCCCUUCUUUGCGUCGGAGUUUUUUUUUUGUUCGUUUUUUUUUUUUUUUGCGAGCGCGGACAAAAUACGGGGGAAAAAAACAAUUUUUUUUUUUUACCGAAAACCAUAUAUUACCGUUUCGUUAUAAUACAUUUAUAAAUAUUAAGAAUAGGGCGCUGAAAUAACGUUUGUAAUAUUUCGUUACGGGGACGCCGGCGUGUUUUGUCUACGAUUGCGUUGUUUAACGCAGUAUUUUUGUGUUAAGACACGCGGUGAAAAUAACGUCUCUAGCGCGCGGGGUGUAUUAUUUUAAAACAAAUAUUAUAUAUUAUGUGUAUAUUAUUAUUAUCAUUAUCAUUAUUAUUAUCAUUAUUAUUAUUAUUAUUAUUAUUAUUAUUAUUAUUAUUAUUGUGUAGUCAUAUUAUGUACGAUGUGGAAUGUUACGCGAUUCAAUAUUUUGUAACAUUAAGAAUGAAGAAAAAAAAAACAAAAAAAAAAAAACAAAACAAAACAAAACUAAUAUAAACGCGAUGCGUGAAUUACACACACGAAACGCUGUUGAUUUUAAUUAUUAUUAUUUUUUAUUUUAUUAUUUUUCCUCGCACACAAUCAGAGUUUCAAAACCAAG